GAGCGAACCACUGGCAGUACCAUGACGGUGGUACCGCGCGAGCUGACGUGCCCAUAAUAACAGUGCAAGAAUGUGACACGAAGAUUGGGAUCGUUGGGUAGUUGGUGGCAUUUGCCGGUCAUGGAACUGAGACCCGGUAUAUCAUGUCUGCAGGGGCGUACUGUCGUGCUACCCGGAGGGCAUGAUAAGGAAGGGCGCCCCAUUUUCCUGGUCAACCUGCCGACUGAAAGUCGGCCCCCCAACAUCGUUCCGUCUCUUCAGUACCUUCUUUCGAUAUUCAGCGAAUCCAGUCGGACCCGCGGCGUCACCGUCCUGAUCGACGCCCGGAAGGGUCCUUGGCGCGUGGCCCGGUCCUGCAUUCGCCAAGUCAGCACCGUAUUCGCCCAGGAAGAGCCCGCUCAAACCAUAGUACUGCGUCCGGACGCCUUUUGGGACAAGCAGCGAGUGGAAAAUUGUACGCAAACCGACGGCCAGGUCAUCUUCAUUCCAAGAUGUCGCCUGAACAAGUUCGUGGACCAGUCGCAGCUUCCUCUCGAGCUCGGCGGCACCUUCAUCUACGACCACGACAAGUGGAUCGAGAACAGACAGAAAGUUGAAGACUUCUACUCCAACACCACUACGGCUCUUCGCGACUUGGACGAACUCCUCCAGUACCUCAACUCCUGCAAAACGCUUCGCUCUUCCGACCUGGAGGAUGUCCUCACCGCUAGCACCGACAUGGCCGAAGCGACCCGACUCCUGGUGCACAACCUCACAGACACCGGCCAGCAGCUCCUCCAGACCAUCGAGCACGCCAACCGGACCCGCAAAUUCGCCUCAGAAUUCGAAUCCAUGUCCACUCCUCAAGAAAUCCUCGACACCAUUAACCGCAUCGACCACCUUCUCGUCACUAUGAAGACCAAACAGCAGCAGAUCGAAGACGAAUGGUUGAAGCUCCAGAAAACGGUGAUCGACACCAAAGACUUGAGUCUUCUGGAAGACGGCGUGGUCAAAGUAACCAAUUGGAUUCUGGGUCCUGCGGAGAAUCUCUUGAACUCUAAGCAGAAAGUGGGUUAUGAUGUGGCUUCAGCUGAGGAGCUGAGGAGGGAGCACGAAGCUAUCGAGUUGCAGUGCUGGGACACCUAUGGGGCGUACGCGGAAUUGUUGCACAAGAUUGAGCAGUUCCCGAAGAGCGAGUUGGUGACGUUUCAGUACAAAGAUCUGUUGUCGCAGAAGGACUUCAUGGAUUUUGUGUGUCGAAGUUUUGCUUUGAGGUUAGAGAAGAGGAGGAAUGUGUUGAUUACUUCGUUGAGGUUUUUCCGGUUGGUUUCGGAGUACUUUGAUAGGACAGGGGAGGUGUUUGAUUCGUUGGUGAUGGGGAGUAAAGUUGUUGAUUUUACAACUGCAGGUCAGAAGUUGAAGCAAUUGCAAGAAAGCCAAGCUAGUCUAGAUGCUGUUGAACGAGAGUUGGUCAAAGAAGGCGAAAAGUUGUCGGAUAUGCUCUCCAUGCCCAUCAAAGAUGCUUUAGGACGCGAAAUUUAUGUGGAUUAUGCUGAAGACAUUGUUAACGUUCGGGACAUACUAGACGCCACUACUGCGCGGAAAAAUAUCUUCAGUGAUAGUGUUGAGUUGCAAAAGUUGACUCUGGAACAAAUUACACAUAUUUACAAUUAUGAAAAGGAUGUAACGCAAGCUAUACAGUGGCUGGAUGAACUGUUCCAAGUUUUACUCAAAGAUCACGGACAUGUUGGCUGCACGGUAUAUGAAAUUCAGGGCCAGAAGGAUGAACAUCAGGCUUUUCAAGAAACGGCAAAGGAUACUUACAAUUAUGGGUGUCAGCUUCUUUACGCCUCCUUCCAGCUACGUCAAUCAUGCAAAUUGCCCCUUGAGGACCACGAGGGUCUUAAUAGGGGACUAAAAUUCUCGUGGCAACGAUUGUUGAGCGUUUCACAAGAACAAAUGACCAGAUUAAGAGUAAGCGCAGUGUUUCACCGUUCCGUGGAGGACCACUGCAAUCAACUGAGGGAUCUAAGAGAGGCUGUGGCUACAAUUCCGUUCAUGGAUUUGGUGAAGAAGAAGGCAAGAGUUAAACAUUACUUUGGUGUAAGAGAGAAACUGAUGGUUGAAGUUGGAAGAAUGGUUAGGUUAGGGCGAUUGUUAAGAAGUAGAUUGAAGGAACCUUUGUAUUACAGCGACAUUGCGUCAAGUCCUUCCAUCGACACCGAUUUAGGCUCUGAAGAAGGCGAGAGUACUGGAUCAGCAGGCGACAACGAGAUCGCCAUUGAAGCCAUUUCUGAAAGACUGACUGAAGUCACAGGACUCGCUGAAGAGCUGGACCAGGCUCUGCACAGUGCUCAGCAAGAUUGUUCCGUUCUGACGUCAUCAGCUACCUUUGCCUCUGUCACUUCUUCGGAACCGGAAACCGUCGUGUCGGUGAACACCGUCAUGGAUGCUCCUACUAAUCCGGAACACAAGCCUUCCAAACCCGACGACUUCAAAUCCGACGACGAAUUCCUAACCGCCUCCGAAUGCACCCUCCAGCACUCCAGAUCCUCCUCCUACAACACUGCCUCAGAAUGCGAACACCGCUACUCCCCCUGGUGGGAGUACGACAAAUCCAUCAACGAAGACAUCAGCAAGGAAAAAAUGGUCCUUGCGGUGGGCCUCCCGGAACUCCCUCCAGCCAAAGCCGUCCUGAAACCCUCCCCCGAGGUACCUCCCGGCAAAAUAGUCCACGAGGUCACCGAAACCACCCACAUUAAAGUCCAGCAUUCACACACCCUGGGCGUGGCAUCCUUCGUUUUGACAUCUGAAACCGUCCGAGAGAAGAAAACAGACGGAGCCGUCGUGAGGGAAGAAGUCGUCUCUGUGGCUCCGGAACUCGAGGGCUUCGAGAAAAGAGUGAAGGAGUGUGGCGACUGGAUCAACCUGAAAAUCCUAGAAAUCACCCCCGAACUGACCACUUUGGGUGACACUCUCGCAGAAGCACAGGAAUUACAAAGGGCCCAUGAUGAAGUUCUUCGCCAGUUAAAAAACAAACAAAGCCCAGUGGAAGAGCUUCUUCGACAAGCCGACCAACUCAUCGCGACCCAAAGACCGCGUGCUGAGGUCUACGCGGCCAUGGCAGAGUCCUUGGGGAGGGCCUGGAAGGACAUCAACGGCCUGCUGGAGAUGCGCAAGGACAUCCUGGACUUGAACGUGCUCUACCACACGAAAGCGCAAGAGUUUUUCCAGAGAUCAGACGAGCUAGAGGCGUCCUGCACGGAUAAAGUGGUACCCAUCGAGAUAGACGCGGUAAAGGAGUUCUUGAACAUGAUCCAUGACUUGAGGAGGGCAUUGCUGGAGUCGUUAAUGGGGGCUCUGCAGGCGGGGAAUACACUUUUGGGGAAGCUAAAAGAACUGGGGGCCGAAGGCACACUCGACUCGCGACCCGAUCGAAUCCGAAGUUCUGUAAAUCGAGCAAUUUCACAAGUACAAGGUUGGAUGGACCAACUGCACCUGAAGAGACAAGUUCUAGAGGCGACUUUCAACAGACGGAAGACUCAGCUAGAACAGUGUCUCGCUUUGGCGAUUCUAGCGGCUGACCUGCACGAACUCGAUGACAUCGUACACGAAAGGAGUCAGCUGUUAUCCAGCACCGACCAACUGGGCGAUUCCACAUCAAGUGCGGAAUUAUUGCUUAAUGAACAUAAGAAGUUAUUACCGGAAGCCAAACAACUUCAAGAGCGAGCCCUAAAAAUAACCAAAGCCACUGAACAACUCGUUGCUUCCGGGUGUUUCGCGGGAGAGCAAGCGGCUGGGCAAGCUUACGAAAUUCUCUCGGCCACGUCAGACUAUUACACGGAAUUACAAAACCGAGAGGGACUCUUGGAAAGGGUGUUGGCUUUCUUCAAAUCGGCCCAAAGUGCCCUGAACCAAUUAGACCAACUCGAAAACCAACUAAAGACGUCCAAAUUGCCGUCCACCUCCCAACAGCUGAUCCAACUCCACGCCCAAACCUCCAAAGCCAUCGAAGACAUCACAGGUGCGCCAAUCGCAGAAGGACACGCAAUUCUAGAUCUUGUAGGAAGGGGAAGGGCGGGUACGGACGGCGUGAAACAAAAGGUUGAAGAGUUAGAAAACAGGAAGAUCGCUUUGGACCGACUAUGUGUGGCUCAUCGCGAAGAAAACAUUCGAAUAAACAAAGCCCUCAACAAUUUCUUGGAAAAGCACCACGAAAUUUGCGGUUGGUUGGUAAGCGUGGCCGAAGCUUUUCUCCAAGAGCACAGAAACAUGGGCGACAAUCUUCCUCUAGCCAAAGACUUUCUGGAUUUACACAACCAGCUGCUUAACGAUUUACAGACUAAAGGAAACGAAAUUAACGCUUUGAUACUAACACUACCGCCAAUACUCGAAUUUUUGGAGGAUAAUCAACGCAAAGAAGUCGAUUCGAAAGUUGAAGAGAUGCACGAAAGGUGGAUUCAGUUGAAGAAUAUUCUGGAGAAUAGGUUGGAUUUGGCGAGGAUUUAUGUCAAAUUUCAUAUGGAGGCGGACAUUGUCAAUAAAGAGAUGGAUCAUUUGGAGAGUGAUUUGUUGCAGAAUAGGGAUAGGGUUACGGAUGAGCUGUUGAGGAAUUUGGAGGAAAAGUGGGAGUCGCUCGUGCCACUUUAUCAGUCUGCUAAGAACACGGGACUGACGUUUAUGGAUCAGGCUAACAAGGUAUCUGAACCGUAUCUCGACACGAAACGUGCUUGUCUGUGCGUGGAGUCCGUGCUGGAACGGCUGUCGGGACGACAGCUACUUGUGACCAGAAAUUGGCAGACCUUCCAUGCCGAAGUCGUGGAGAAGAGGGAAGUGCUGGUCAGGCUGGAGCAAACCAUGGCUGAGAGUACCAAGACUAUAAACUGGGUGACGAAACUCGACGAACAAUUAUAUCCGGUAAUAACGACGAAUUCGACGAAUCCGAAAGAAAUAGUGACACAUUUGUGUGCUAAAUUAGAAAAAGUGCUGCCAGACAUUAGGCGAGCACAGAAUGAAGUGGAGCAGAGGUUAAAAACAGCUGAAGGUCUUAUAGCCAGGGCGCAGAGCGGCGAUGAGAAGACCAUCAGCGUUAAGAAUAAACUAUCGGAAUUGCACAGGCGGUUGUCCGAUAUUGGCAACGAGUAUCAAAUACUCCUGGAGAUGUUAAUUUCUUAUUUCAAAAACUUGGUCGACUUGGAUAGGAAAGUUGAAGAUUUCAAUAAUCAAACAACUAGAGUUGUGAACGAUCUGAGUGGGGUUGAGUCUCUUAUCAGGGACCAUGAAGCUUCCAAACAAACCGUACUGCAAAUCUUCAACAGGGCCAGAAAUGAAUGCGAGAACCUCGUUCACAGGAUCACCAAACAGGAACCGCCCCAACCUGCCGAUAGCGACAUCCAGAAGCUCCAACACAUCUUAGAACUGAAGAGAGACAACUGGGAAAACCAGUGGCGCCAACGACGAGAUUCUUUGGAAGCCCAAAGACAAUUAUGUCAAUUUGAUACAGAUUUGCAUCAAAUCAAUGAUACUCUAGAUGACCUCAGCAAUCAGUUGGACGACAUGAAGGGCAAAUACGGAGAAUCUCUAGCCGCCGCAAAAGCCACCUCCCAAGCGUUCGUUUACUUUGAGAAAACCGUAGACAUGCUGCAACAACGAAUCCAAACCUUCUUGAACACUGGUGAGAAAUUGUUGGCCGAACGCCACGCUCAGUCUCCGCACAUUCAAAAGCAAAUUUCCCAGUUGCAAGAUCGAUGGAAUACAUUCAAGAAACAAGUACAAGAAACAAGAAAUUUGAUCGACCUUAGUAUUCAGUUCUUCGAACUGGUUGAGGAGGCUAACGAAUGGUUCCGUGAGGGCAGCCGCCUUUUAAUCACCAUUGCCCGAAAAUCAAAUCUCGUUAAAAAACCACAAGAAGCCCAAGAACUGCUAAACGAAAUUGAAGUUUUCCUUAAACCGGGAGAACAAAAACAGAACGAAAGAAUCCGUAAAAUAACAGAACUUGCGACUAGAAUCUUCGGCCCACAGCAAACCUCGCAAAUUGAUCAAGUCCUACAAGAAAACAGAGGCAUGCUCGAGUCGUUUACCAGCAUUAGUAACGAAAUUAAUCAAUUAGCUGAGAAUUUGAGGCUAGCUGAAGAACAAAGACUACGAGAAAUUGAAGAAGCUAGACUUAGAGCGGAAGAGGAGGCCCGAAGACGGGCAGAGGAAGAGGCUAGACGUAAAGCCGAAGAAGAGGCACGACGCAAAGCCGAAGAAGAAGCCAGACGACGUGCUGAAGAAGAAGCUAGGAGAAAAGCGGCGGAAGAAGAAGCCAGAAGAAAAGCUGAAGAAGAGGCUAGGCGAAUCGCUGAAGCUGAAGCCAAACGUAAAGCCGAAGAAGAGGCCAGACGCAGAGCUGAGGAAGAAGCAAGACGUAAAGCUGAGGAAGAAGCAAGACGUAUAGCUGAGGAAGAAGCAAGACGUAAAGCUGAGGAAGAAGCUCGCGCUAGAGCUGCCGAAGAAGCAAGACGUAAAGCUGAGGAAGAAGCUCGCGCUAGAGCUGCCGAAGAAGCAAGGCGUAAAGCUGAGGAAGAAGCUAGACUCAGAGCUGCCGAAGAAGCUAGACGAAAGGCUGAAGAAGAAGCCCGACUCAGAGCUGAGGAAGAGGCUAGACGAAGAGCAGAAGAAGCUAGACGCAAAGCUGAAGAAGAAGCGAGACUUAGAGCUGAGGCAGAAGCUAGGCGAUUAGCAGAAUUAGAAGCAAGACGCAAAGCUGAAGAAGAGGCGAGACUCAGAGCUGAGGAAGAGGCUAGGAGAAGAGCAGAAGAAGCGAGACUCAAAGCUGAAGAAGAAGCGAGACUCAGAGCGGUAGAAGAGGCUAGGCGAAAAGCAGAAUUAGAAGCGAGGCUCAAAGCUGAAGAAGAAGCGAGACUCAGAGCUGAGGAAGAAGCCAGACGCAAAGCCGAAGAAGAGGCCCGACGACGAGCUGAGGAGGAAGCUAGAGCAACAGCAGCCGAAGAAGCCCGACGAAAGGCCGAAGAAGAAGCACGGGCCAGAGCUGCGGAAGAAGCUAGACUCCGAGCGGAAGAAGAAGCUAGAAUUAGAGCCUUAGAAGCACAAAGGAUUCAAACCAGCGAAGUGACUCGCGUGCACCAAAUACUCGUUCAACAAAAACCUCCUGAAAAGCUAGAAGCUCCGGUCUUCACGUCACCUCUCAGUGACGCUAUUAUCCAAGAAGGUUCCCGAUUUACUUUCAUCUGUCAAGUAACGGGAAGCCCUGUUCCUGUGGUCACAUGGUUCAAGGAUGGUAUAUCUAUCCAAAACAAUCCCGAUUAUCAAACCACGUUCGACCAAGGUUUGUGUACGUUGACCAUCGAAGAAACUUUUGCCGAAGACUCAGCAAUGUAUACUUGUAAAGCAAUCAAUGCAGCGGGUGCGGCAGAAACGAAUGCGUGUUUGUCUGUGAAAGAAACGGAACCUGAAGAACAAUUGUCUCCUCCUAGUUUCGUGAAGUUGUUGGAGCCAGGAAACGCGCGUGAAGGGGCGAGUUUUCAGUUUCAUUGCAAGGUGGAAGGAAAUCCUUUACCUACCGUGCAGUGGUUUAAAAAUUAUGAUUGUAUCGAUAACUCACCGGACUACGUCAUCACGUAUAACAAUGGGGAAGCCAUUUUGAAGUUUGAGAAAGUUUACUUAGAAGACAAGGCGGAAUAUACCUGUAAGGCAUCCAAUCAACUGGGGAUCGCGCAGAGCACUGCCAGUCUUUCAGUAACACCUCUGGAGCCCAUCGAAGCACCCAAGUUUAUCUUGCCUCUGUCCAACGUGAUGGCGAGGGCCGGACAGAAAAUAAAAUUGGAAUGUGAAGUUUCUGGAUUGCCCCCACCAAUCCUGACUUGGUCACACAACGGCAAGGCUGUAAAGGAAACGCGCGAGCUGAAGUUGCAGUUUGAGGGGAAUAAGGCCACGUUAUUAGUGUUUGAAGCUUUCCCGAAGGAUGCCGGCACGUAUAUAGUCAACGCGAAGAACAUAGCAGGUGAAGCCUCCAGUGCGUGCAGUGUAUCGGUCAAAGGACGACUUCCCACGGAAACAUCCGACUCAGAAUUGGCUAGUGAUAUGGAACCUGUCAAACCGUCUAUCCAGUUACCGUUAACGAAUGUUACGGUUACCGAAGGCAACCGAGUGCGCUUAGACUGCGUUAUCGUAGGCCAGCCGGAACCGGAAGUCAUUUGGUACCACGACGAUCGCCCAGUGAAAGAGUCCCCAGACUUCCAGUUACUCUUCCAAGGAGAUCGCUGCUCUCUGGUUAUUCAAGAAGCUCUCUCCGAAGACGCAGGAGUGUACAAAGUGGUAGCUCUCAACUCAGCUGGUGAAGCUUCAAGCAAGUGCUCCCUGAUGGUGACUCCAGAAGCGGUCACCAAACCACCAGAGCCCGAAGAACCCCCAGGAACACCUCCUAAAUUUACAAAACUGCUCUCAGAUGUGUUGGUAUCAGAAGGGGAAAAAGUGACCUUUGAAGGUAUCGUUACAGGAGAACCAAGGCCGGAGGUCAAAUGGUUACUCAACAACCAGCCAAUUACCGCUUCCGACCAUAUCAAAAUCGUCCAUGAUACAGAUGGUACUAUUAGGCUUGAAAUAGAUGCAGUACGUCCCGAAGAUAAAGGUGUUUACACCGUAAAGGCUACUAACUCUUCGGGAGAUGCUAAAUGCUUUUCUCAACUCAUUGUCAAAUCCAUGAAGCCUCCCGAGAUCAUCAAACACGAAGAAGUCAAGUCCGCACCUGUGUUUAAAGAAAUGUUCAAUGACCGCGUCGCUUUUGACGGAACCUCGACUAAAUUUGAGUGUAUCGUAGUUGGAAAACCCACUCCUAAAGUAAAGUGGUUGUUCAACGGCGAACCCAUUUCUGGCAAGAAAAUACUAAUUUCCACUUCCGGAGAUCGUCAGGUGCUCACAAUACCGGAAGUCAGCAAAGAUCUAGAAGGUACCAUCACCUGCGUUGCCGAAAACGAAGCGGGUAAAGCUAGCUGUGCCUCCACUUUGUCUGUCCAGAGCGUUUCAGCCAUUACCCUCCCUGAAUUUGGCCGUGACAUUACUCAGCACGUUGAAUCAUCCUACAUGGUAAAUCGGGAAGUCCACACUCAAUCGUCAACUUCCACUGCACGAAAAAUCACCACAUCAACUGGAAUUCAAGAACCACAAGUCCAAGUUCACAGUUUUUCUUCUCAGGAUCAACAAACUUUCAAACAAAUCAAUCAACAAGCACCUCAAAUCAGCGAGUCCCACAAAAUCGAAGAGUUCCACCAAGUGGGAAAGCAAGCACCUACGAUCAUCGAGAAAUCAUCUUCGCUGUUCACUUCUGGUAGCUUGGAAGAAACCAAACAGAAAACAAUCGAACAUGUGAUACAAAAACCUGUGAUAAGAGCAAGACCACCGAAAUUCGUCACACCCGUUAUGGGUAAAAUCGUGGACCAAAACGUAGAUGUUGUUCUAGAGGGUAUCAUAGAUGGACAACCCACUCCUGAAGUCACUUGGACUAAAAACGGCGAAGAACUUCGCCAAGGUCCAGGUUUGACAAUAAUUCUUGACCGGAAUAAGGCUACCAUAAUCAUUAAAAGUGCAAGUAUUGACGACGCUGGAAGAUAUACUUGCACUGCUGUGAACGAAGCGGGUAAAGCUAUUAGUACCGCGGAUUUAGUAGUAAGAAAAACCAUCUUCCCUCCAGUUUUUGGGCGCCGCCUUCAAGCACAGGUCAUCAAAAAGGGUGAUCGCGUAAUUAUGGAAGUAGAGGUUACAGGUACUCCAGACCCGACGGUUACGUGGUACAAAGACGGCAUACCUAUCGGUGAAGCUCUUGGAGACAAAGGCAGAGUUAGGUCGCUAGGAAAUUCACACACAUUGGUCAUCGAAAAAGCUGAGAUGAACAUGACUGGACGGUACAUGGUGAGAGCUGUGAACUCCGGAGGUGAAGCUCAGAGUAUUGCCGACAUAGCUGUGUUCGAACCAACACCUGAUACUAUGGUAGAAGUAGUUAAAACCGUGGUGUUUGAAGAUGUGAGAAAGCACGAAACUUUGGAACUGGUGGCCACACCCAUCAUCACCAGCGUCUCCUCCGAACAACAUAUCGAACAACAAGAAAAACACACCAAACUCGAGCCAUUCCCCUACAAACCCGAACCUCCACGCUCCAAGAAACCGCACGGUCCUCCACCACCUAGUCCUUCGAAAUUCGUCAAAGGCGAAUUUCGCGAGAGUGAUUACGAAAGCGACUAUGAAGGACGCAUCCCACCAGUAUGGCGUCCCACAGACCAAGACGGCGCACCGGCUUAUAGACCCGUUCGACCCCUUUUAACACCCAGUGGCCGACACUCACAGCAGUCGGGUCGUACCCCGACUCCCCCCACCGAGUUCGAUAAGCCGCCUCAUAUCGAAGGCCCGCCUCGCCCCAAAUUCGAACCAAUCGAUAAAGUCAAGCCUAGCGUUAAACUUGAAGAGAUCAUCAAGCCCGCCCCUCAGCCAGUCAAGCCCAGACCAUUACCGGCAGAGACUAUUGUGGCCACGCCCGCUGUCCGAAAAGAGGUGGUGCUAAUACAGCCGGGAACACCCCCCGAAAUGGGGUACGUUCCGCCUCAAAAAACGCAGUACUAUAGGUCGAUAACGAGUGCUCCUUAUCACAAUGCGAUUCAAACGGAGACUUCCAACGUCGUACAUUUUAACGAAGCUAGUGAGAAUUGUAGGAGAACGGUGAGUCUGCAGCAGACCACCAAGGUGAUUAAAUUUGGGGAUCAAAGGAGGGAGGAGUCUAAGUUGGAGCCGUUUCCGUUUAAGGCGGAGCCUGAACGACAGAGGCGUAGUCGGGGUCCUCCUCCUCCCAAACCUACGAAGUUCGUUCCGGGAGAAUUCCGAGAAAGCGAUUAUGAGAGUGAAGUUGAAAGUGCUCGGAUUAAACCCAAGUGGGCUCCGAGUGGUAGCGACUCAGAAGGGUAUCAUUACAGGCCGGUGAAGGCACCACCUGCUUCUCAUCGUUCUUUAAGUCUACCGAGCCGACAAGAGCGGGUUUUGUCGCCUUUGGAAUUUGAUCAGCCGCCUUUGAUGCCGUCUACUGUUACAACCACUGAUGUGACAGACGGCGAAGUACACAAGAGACACGAAAGCAGUUACAAGAGAUUUACGGAGAGUAAAUCAGGGAAGGUUGUGACUAGGAGUAGGUCUUUCGAGCCUCCAGUUAGGCACGAUUUGCAUCCGGGAAGUCCUCCAGAGUAUGGAUUUAUCGCCGAUAAUAAAAUUACGAAAGCUCAAGCAACGAAAAUGGCCUCGCACCAUAUGGAUAGCAUGACCCAUGCGUUCAAAUCGACGACCCAAAAGUUCGCCAGAGACAUAAUGGGUGACGUCAAUAAGCAACCCCAGCCGAAACCUGUUGUGAAAGUGGAAGACGGUGACGCUCAAGUGUAUCGGGAAGAAACCAGAGCAGCUCAAUACGGUACGAAACACGUAGAUCCCGAUACAGGCCUCAUCUAUUUCAAGUACGAUUUUGGUUACGAGUUCGGUAUUAUUCUUCCCGGUGAAAGCAAGCAAGGGGAGAUCCCGGUCCCUAAAAAGACCAUAAUCGAGCCUCCGAAACGCACUGGUGAUAUUGAAAUGCCGGUGUAUCACGAAAGUUCUAAGAAAGAUUCGACUCCUCAAUUCCGCCCGAAGAAGUUUACUCCUUCCAGUAAAAAUGUCAAGUGGGAACCGACCUCCGAAAGCGAGAUGUCAGAGUACGAAGGCGAAAAUAGGAAGCGUGGUGCUACCUUGCAAGGUUCGAGAUGGGACCAGUCUUCUUGUAGCCCUGUAUCUCUAUCACCUAGUUUACCUAGUACAUCUCCGGCUUUUAAUAGUGCACUUGCAGCCUCGGGGAGAAAGGGAGCCGAGACUCCGCCUAGCUGCCCUAGCACCCCGGGAAGUACCCACGGCAAAGUUUCGCAAAAUGCGGCACAAGCCCGCGCACCUAUGUUCAUAACGCCCCUCCGCAACAUUGCCGUCGUGAGCGGCCAACCCGCCAAAUUCGAGUGCAUCGUGCAGUCAGAGCCGCCCCCACACAUCCUAUGGUCGAAGAACGGCCGAAUCAUCGAAAACUCAAACGACUACCAGCUUCAUUACCGCAACGGAGUGUGCCGACUGACCAUCUCGCAAGCGUACCCUGAGGACGCAGGGACCUACAGUUGCACGGCCACCAACUCCGUGGGUUCGACCAACACCACAGCGACUCUCCAGGUGCCAGGAGUACCAUCUCAUAUGUAUGGAACGUAUCGUCAGCUGAAAACCGGUCGAAGGAGCGCUUCACCUGAAUUAGAAUUCUACAAGCGUCCUGAAUCUCCUCAAAAUUCUUCAGCUGUGCAAGGCGGCCAGAUCCAGCAACAGGGCUAUCAGCAGAUUGCCGGAUUCGGCCCCAACGCCCAACCCCCUGUUUUCGAGAAGGUCUUUAGCAAUGCUCGUUUUGCCCAAGGAGGCGUGGCAUCCUUCGAAGGUCGCGUCACCGGCAAACCGCAACCGGAAGUAACUUGGGCCCGCAAAGGCGCCCCCCUUCUCUCAUCCAAUAAGCACCGACUAACCUACAACGAAACGACUGGAGACAUUACGUUCCAGAUAAACCAAAUCGGCCCAGGCGACGAAGGCGAAUACGUCUGUACGGCCAAAAACCAGUAUGGCGCCGCCAUAUGCUCGGUAUUCAUUCAACCGGAAGGCUUCCCGAUGCCUCAGAGGCAGGCCUUCCAACGACACGAACAAACCACGACCUACUCGAAUGGGACUUUCGUCCAAGAAGACUUUAAAAUUGAUACUUUCGAGUACAGACUGCUCCGAGAAGUGUCCUUCAGGGAAUCGAUAACGAGACGGUUCGUCGGCGAGAGUGAUUACCAGUUGUCGACGACAGUCGAGAGGUCGUUGGGUCCACCCGCUCCACCACAAAUCUCGCAGAAGCCGAGGAAUUCCAAGCUGCUUGAAGGGUCAGAUGCGGUAUUUUCCGCCAAAGUAUCCGCCAAUCCGAGACCCAGGAUCACCUGGUUCAGAAAUGGCCAAAGAAUCACAGAAACGUCCAAAUACGAGUCUAGUUUCUCGAAUAACCAAGCGACGUUGAGAGUCAAACAGGCCACUUCUGAAGACUCCGGACAUUACACCUUGUUGGCAGAAAAUCCACAAGGGUGUAUCGUUUCUUCGGCUUACUUGGCCAUCGAACCAGUCACCACCCAAGAAGGCUUGAUCCAUGAAUCCACCUUCAAGAGCCAGCAAACCGAAAGCGAACAAACUGAUACUGGAAAGACCUUAGCCCCCAACUUCGUGCGAGUUUGUGGCGACAGAGAUGUCACCGAAGGAAAAAUGACCCGUUUUGAUUGUCGAGUCACCGGAAGACCUUAUCCGGAGGUUACGUGGUACAUUAAUGGUCGCCAGGUCACUGAUGACCACAACCACAAAAUUCUCGUCAACGAGUCAGGCAAUCACGCCCUCAUGAUCACUACGGUUAGUCGCAUAGAUUCCGGUGUGGUCACUUGCGUGGCCCGCAAUAAAACCGGAGAGACAUCCUUCCAGUGCAAUUUGAAUGUUAUCGAGAAGGAGCAAGUGGUAGCGCCUAAGUUUGUUGAACGGUUCACCACUGUCAAUGUAAGAGAAGGAGAACCCGUUUUGCUUAACGCCAGAGCCGUUGGCACCCCCACCCCACGAAUCACUUGGCAGAAGGACGGUGUCCCUUUGUCUAGUAGUCAUGAAAUCAGAAUCGCGAUUGACGGUGGAGCCUCUUCCUUGGAUAUUCCAAGGGCCAAGGCGUCGGAUGCUGGUUGGUACCAAUGUACCGCACAGAAUGUGGCCGGCUCCACCGCGACUCGCGCCAGGUUGUUUAUAGAGACACCUCAAGGUCCCGCACAAGAACCGAGACGCUUACAUCUACCCCGACCGACGAAAGUCAUCGAACCUGAACCCGAACCUGGUCCAGAAGUGAUCUACCUCCGUCAUGUUGAACGCGCGAAGCCGCACGCUGCGGCUCCCGAAGAAGAUAGGGUGUAUCCCCCACCCCAGUUUAUUAUUCCGUUACAGGACGCAGUUCAGUUUGAAGGAGGCAAAAUUCAUUUCGAGGCCAGGAUUGAACCAGUUGGAGAUCCCACCAUGCGUGUGGAAUGGUUCGUUAAUGGAAGACCCCUAGAAGCUAGUUCCCGAGCCACUAUAGUGUUCCGUUUCGGCUUCAUCGCCUUAGACCUCAUCAGUCUUGUUUUAAGAGAUAGCGGCGAGUACGUUUGCCGCGUGACUACCGCGACCGGCUGCGUGGAAUCCAGAGCUAUGCUCAGCGUUAAUCCCCGCGCUUCUAUUGAACAGACGAGUCAGCACCCAGACAGUCUGAAAUACAUCCAACAACUUGAAGAUUACUCCAAAUACCAACGAAGCGAAAGCCUCGAGGAGUCAAUCAACCAGAAACCUCACUUCAUCCGUCCACUCCAAGAUCUUGGCGAACUGCAGGAGGGACGCAACGCGCAUUUCGAAGCGCAACUUACCCCAGUCAGUGACCCCACGAUGAAAGUGGAGUGGUACAAAGAUGGCCGACCAAUCACUGCCAGUUCAAGAAUCACUACCAUCUUCAACUUCGGCUACGUCUCUCUCAACAUAAUGCACCUACGGGCCGAAGAUGCAGGUUCUUACACUGUGCGAGCUGUGAAUAGGCUCGGGGAAGCUAUCAGCAGUAGUACACUGCAAGUUUAUGCCAGGUCUACAGUCACCGGAGAUUUGGGAAUUCCGGAACAACAAAGAUACAUCGAAAAAGUCGAAGAGUUGGAAGCUUACCAACAACAACAACACCAAAAAUACGUUUUAGAAACGCCCGAAAGUUCCCAACCUCCAGAAUUUAAAACGCCAAUUAAAGACCAGAUAGGUAUCCGCGAAGGAGGUUUCGCGCAUUUUGAAGCCAGACUGGAACCCGUGGGAGACUCCACUCUUAAGGUUGAAUGGCUUAAGGAUGGUCGACCUGUAGAAGCGAGUUCGAGAAUCACCAGUUUCUUCAAUUUCGGUUACGUCGCGUUGACCAUCAAAGACGUAACGAUCCACGAUGUGGGUAAUUACACUUGCAGGGCGUAUAACGCUCUCGGCCAAGCCGUCACCAACGCGCAACUGAGUGUGGUGAGCAAGAAAGAUAUCAUUUUCGACUCGCAACAUCCUGGCGGCCUUGAAAAAAUUCAGUAUCUUGAAGAUACGAGCCGCUUCAGUCGCACCUCUAAAGAAGAGGUCACAGUUACACAAAAACCAAGGUUUUUGGGACCACUUAAAGGUACUAAUAAGAUAGUUGAGGGCCAACGUGCGCAUUUUGAGGCACGUGUUGAGCCUCAAAGUGAUUUGACUUUGAAAAUUGAAUGGUACUUUAAUGGCAAACCCAUACAGAGUGCUAAUAGAAUACAAACAUAUCAUGAUUUCGGGUACGUGGCACUCGACAUCACUAGUGUGAGGGAAGAAGAUUCCGGAACUUACACAGUCGUUGCAAGAAAUGCUUUAGGUGAAGCACAGUUGUCAGCCAGCAUGGUUGUUGAAACACGUGCCAGCAUUGACACUAGAAGCAUGCACCGCUCGGCUUUCGACAAGACACAAAGACUUGAAGAAUCCAAAUUCGUAGAACCACACUACGACAUUGUUGAAACAUCAAAAUCUAAACCCAUUUUCGUCGUACCUCUCUCUGACCCACAACCUCUAAGUGAGGGACGCAACGUUCAUUUAGAAUGUCGCUUGGAACCAAUGGGAGACCCCACCAUGAGAGUUGAGUGGUUCUGGAAUGGAAGACCUAUCACCGUAGGUUCUAGAUUCAGAACAUACAACGACUUUGGAUUCGUCGCUCUCGAUAUUAUCCACGCCACCGCUCUAGAUUCUGGAGAAUAUACAGUACGAGCUGUCAAUCAACUCGGCUCUGCUCAUACCUCUGCCUGUGUUCGAGUAAUCGAACGAUCCGACAUCAUAACCGAAACCCAACAUGAACAAUCACUUGAACAAAUUCAAAUGCUUGAAGAUUCGUCCAGAUACCGUAAACACGUGAAUGAGGACGUUACAGUUUCACAAGCUCCUCAGUUCACCCGUUCUUUGCAUAACAUUGAAACCGUUGAAGGCACUAACGUCCAUAUGGAAUGUCGUCUUCAACCAAUCGGUGACCCCAGCAUGAGAGUGGAUUGGUUUUGUAACGGAGUACCCGUAAAAACCGGUCACAGAUUCCGUCCAGCCUACGAUUUUGACUACGUCGCCCUCGAUCUCCUUAGCGUUUAUCCAUCAGAUUCCGGAAUAUAUACUUGCCAAGCUCGCAACCAACUAGGCGAAGCUGUAACAUCAUGCUCGGUAAAAGUUAUCGCAAAAAAGGAUUUGCUUCUGGAGACGCAACAUCCAGCAGGUCUUGAGAAAAUACAAUACCUUGAAGACGCUUCCAGAUACAAGCGUACUGAAUUUGUUGACGAACAGGUCACAGUUAAACCCAAAUUUGUCACCCGUCCUAAGAACCUAGAAAACAUGGUUGAAGGCCAUCAUGCACACUUUGAGUGCAAACUGGAACCCGUCACUGACCCAAAUUUGAAAGUCGAGUGGUUCAAAAACGGACGACAGAUUACGAUUGGACACAGAUUUAGACCGAUCCAUGAUUUUGGAUACGUCGCUUUAGACAUCGUCGACUUGAUUGCCGAAGACUCUGGUACUUACACCUGCAGAGCCACCAAUAUGAUGGGUGUCGACGAAACUACAUGCGUUCUUAGAUGUAGAGCUUCCGGUCAAAUUAUUACAAGCACUCAGAAUGAAAUAGGUCUGCAACAAAUCCAACAUUUGGAAGAUCGCUCCAAAUACCAUCGCGCUGAAGAAAUAGAAGAGCGCACUACUCAAGCUCCAAUCUUCACUACUUCUCUGAAAAACAUUGACAUUAAAGAAGGUCAGAGGGCCCAUUUUGAGUGCAGGUUGAUCCCAGUGUCCGAUGCUACGAUGAAAGUCGAGUGGUUCCACAACGGGCAACCAUUAAAAUCUGGUUCAAGGUUUACUGAAACUAACAACUUUGGUUUCGUCGCCUUAGAUAUUUUGUACGCGUAUCCAGAAGAUUCCGGUACUUACACGUGCAGAGCUACCAAUAUUUUGGGAGAAGCUGUAACCUCAGCCGUCUGCAACGUCCAUUCGAAGAAAUCUAUUUAUUCAGAAUCCGUCCACGAGGGCGCUCUUCAACGUUUGACUCAAUUGGAAGAUGCUUCUCGAUACCAGAGACAAGUCGUUCAAGAAGAAGUCGUUAAUCAAGCACCAGUUUUUACUUUACCGAUCAAGGACUUGAGAGUCGCUGAAAAUCAAGCUGGUCAUUUCGAAGCCAGAUUAAUUCCAGUCGGAGAUGCAAGACUCAAGGUUGAGUGGCUUCGUAAUGGAGUACCAAUUCAAGCUUCUAACCGACUCACCACCAUGCACGAUUUCGGUUACGUAGCCCUUAAUAUGAAAUACGUCAAUCCUGAAGACUCAGGUACCUACACUUGCCGCGCUGUCAACGAUUUAGGUGAAGCUGUAACUUCAGCCACCUUGUUCGUCCAAUCCAAAGCUUCCCUUCAAUUGGAAUCACAGCACGAAGGCGCUUUGCAAAAACUCCGCCAACUGGAAGACUCCACCAAGUACCAGCGCCGUGAAGAAGAAGAAGUCAUUGUAACUCAAGCUCCUAAAUUCAGUGUCCAACUGAAUGGACCAACUGAUCUAAUUGAAGGACAAAGCGCUCACUACGAGUGCCGCAUUGAACCAUACCCUGACCCAAGCAUGAAGGUUGAAUGGUUGCAUAACGGACAACCUUUAACAACUGGACAUAGGUUCAGAACAGCAUACGACUUUGGUUUUGCCAGUCUUGACAUUCUCACAGUCUAUGCUGAAGACUCUGGAGAAUAUACCUGCAGAGUGACCAACCGCUUGGGUCAAGCACAGUCGUCAGUAAAUACCAACGUUAAAUCUAAGUCAUCUAUAAUUCGUGAAACUCAACACGAAGAAGCUUUACAAAAGAUUCAACACCUUGAAGAUGAAUCUCGCUACAAGAAAGUAACUCAAGAGGAAGCUAUUUUACUAGAGAAGCCGCAAUUUGGUCGUGGCUUAAAAACCAUUGAGAACCUACCUGAAGGUUCUAGUGCCCAUUUGGAGGCCACCUUAACACCAGUCAAUGAUCCUACAAUGAGAGUAGAAUGGUUCUGUAACGGCCGUCCCAUUCAAACUGGUCAUCGUUUCAAAACCACCUACGACUUUGGUUUCGUAGCCCUUGAUAUUCUUUACGCUUAUGCUGAAGAUUCAGGAACUUACAUGUGCAGGGCAAGAAACGCAGCCGGUGAGGCUGUUACCACAGCCAACGUUGAAGUAAUUGCCAAAUCCGGACUGUACCUUGACACCAUGGAUGAACAAAGACUUAAGAAGAUCCGUGAUCUUGAAAGCUACGAGCGCCCCAAAAAGGAAGAAGUGGAAGCCCCACAACAACGUCCGGUCUUCCUUACGCCAUUGGUCAGCCUCGAAAAUCUAAAAGAAGGUGACCACGCACAUUUAGAAUGUAGAGUGGAACCAGUCAACGAUCCUAACCUCAAGAUAGAUUGGUUCGUCAACGGCGUUAAACUGAAAGCAGGUCACAGGUUUAGGACAACCCACGACUUUGGUUACGUUGCUUUGGACAUAUUGUACACUUACGCCGAAGAUAGUGGCACUUACAUAUGCAAAGCCACUAAUUUAGUAGGAGAAGCUGUUAAUACAUGCACUAUUAAAGUCGGUGGUAGGAAGAAUAUCCUGCUGGAAACUCACCAUCCUGAAGGUCUUGAAAAAAUAAGAGAACUAGAGGCCCAAGGUCGUCCUACUCGAUUGGAGGUCGAGGAACCUAUCCCAACGCCUCCUCGUUUGGUAACAGAACUACGCGGCACCACCGAAAUAUAUGAAGGCCAAACUGCGCACUUUGAAGCGCAAGUGGAACCAAUCCAUGAUCCUAACCUCAGAAUUGAAUUUUAUCACAACGGCAAACCUCUACCUUCUGCCGCCAGAUUCCACAUUACCUUCGAUUUUGGUUACAUCGCUUUGGAUAUCGGACAUGUGGUACCCGAAGAUGCUGGUGAAUACUCAGUCAAAGCCAUCAAUAAUCUAGGACAGUGCACAUCUUCAAUCAACUUGAAGGUCAUCGCUAAAGAUAACAUCAUCUUAGAGUCUCAGCGACCUGAAGGUUUAGAUAAAAUCAGACAGUUAGAAGAACACGUGCCUUACAAGAGACCUGAACAUGAGGAACCAGCCACAAGGCAAAGACCAGUCUUUACCCAACCUCUUCAGAACAUCGACUCUAUUCCAGAAGGUCAAACGGCUCACUUUGAAUGCCGCCUUAUCCCAGUUGGUGAUCCUACACUCAAAGUGGAAUGGUUCCGCAACGAAAAACCUUUGGAGGAUAGUUCCAGAAUCACAAAGGUGCAUGACUUUGGUUUCGUCUCCCUUGACAUCACACACGUUCGUGAUGAAGACGAAGGUGUCUACAUCUGUCGGGCUUCCAAUCCUCUGGGAGAAGCUGUCACGACUGCUUCUAUGAAAAUUAGAACCAAAGCCAGCAUCCAGUUGGAAACUCAACACCCAGAAGCUCAACGCAAGAUUGCUCAGCUCGAGCAACCUCUCGCUCCACGCCCAGAAGAACCAGAAAGACAUUUCGAGAAACCCAUCUUUACUCAAAUUCUCACUGGGCCUACAGAAUUGUGGGAAGGACAACAUGCCCACUUCGAAGCUAGAGUCGUACCAGUUGGUGACCCCAAUUUGCGCUUCGAAUGGUACGUCAAUGGAGUUGAGCUCAAGCUGGGUUCCAGAUUUAAAGUAACCCACGACUUCGGUUUUGUCACACUCGACAUUAUGUCUACGGUACCAGAAGACUCUGGAGUUUACAUGUGCAAAGCUAUUAACAAGUCCGGAGAAGCCGUGUCGUCAAUCUCGAUGAAAGUUAAGUCUAAAUCCAACAUUGUAGGAGAUACACUACAGCCCGACGCAUGGCAGAAGAUCCAGCUCAAAGAGGCUGAAAUGAACAAAGUACCUGAAAUGUUCGUGGACACCACCCCCCAGCAACCUCCAGUUUUCACUACCCAUCUUCAAAGUUACGAUAAACUGGUUGAGGGACAACACGUGUAUCUCGAAGCUCAAGUCGAACCCAGAGCUGAUCCAAAUCUUAGAAUCGAAUGGUUCAAGAAUGGUGUCACCUUAACCACCGGAACGAGAUUGCGUAGUACAUUCGAUUUUGGUUUGGUGACUUUGUCCAUUAAUGGAUUGAGAGAUGAUGACUCGGCAAUUUACACCUGCAAGGCUACCAAUUUGUUGGGUGAAGCCAUUUCAACUUGCACGCUCAAAAUUGAAGACCGUCAUUGGCUACUCGGCCAGACUCUUCACCCAGAUGCUAUCCCGAAACUUGAGGCUUUGGAAAGACCGCAAGAACCUCGUGCUGAACAAGCAGAACCAACAUACGAGCUUCCGAUAUUCAUCAGCCAUUUGAACAAUGUCGAGUGUAUGGAAGGGGAUAACGUUCACUUCGAAUGCAACGUGGAACCUUCCAAGGACCCCACUCUCAAAAUCGAGUGGUUCGUCAACGGGAAACCUCUACCGUCUGGUACAAAAUAUAAGUCGACUUACGACUUUGGAUACGUAGCACUUGACUUAAAUCAUGUCUAUGAGCACGAUGCCGGAAUCUAUACUUGCAAGGCCACCAACAGCAAGGGUUCAGCAACCACUUCUGGUUCACUCCGCGUUACGUCAAAAACCAACAUUUAUCUUGACACCCAGCAUCCACAAGGAAAAGCUGGUUUAGAAGCCAUCUUGGACACUGAAGAGGCAUUCGCUGCUAAAUACAGACGUGCAGACAGCGCACCUGAGCACGAUUUCGCUAAACCGAUCUGGACUACCCCACUGAACCCUGAAUUUAGACUUGUAGAAGGCCAAGCUUUACACUUAGAGGGUGUCGUAGAACCUAAAAAUGAUCCUAAUCUUAAGAUCGAAUGGUUCUUCAACGGCAAAUCUUUGGACCAUGGUACUAGAUUCAAACUCACCAGCGACUUCGGUUUUGUCACUCUUGACCUCACCGAUGUCUACGAAAGAGACCAAGGCAUUUACACCUGCAAAGCGUCCAACAAAGUCGGUGAGGCUUUCACUUCUACCACGAUCUACUGCACAAGCAAAGCCAACCUGAUCGAACGCACUCAACACCCGAAAGGACAAGAAGGAUUGGAGAAAAUACAAGAUCUUGAGGAUUCUCUCAACAGACCUGAAGCCCAAAUUCCGGAGAAGGAUGAAGGACACGCACCUGUGUUUACUUCAGAGUUUACUCACCUCACUAAUCUUAGUGAAGGCGAAAUUGCUCAUGUUGAAGCUGGUUUAACACCCAUCGGGGACCAAACUAUGGUGGUUGAGUGGUUCUACAACGGCAAAACCAUCGAAGCCUCCCAUCGUUUCAGAACCGUUCACGCUUUUGGAAUGGUGGUGUUGGAAGUUUUAGGAUGCAAAAUUGAAGAUUCUGGUACUUACACUUGCAAAGCUACCAACAAAUGGGGCGUUGCUGAACAAAGCGUCACUCUCGAGUGUACCGAAAAGAUCAAGGGACAGAAACCCAAAUUUACGACCCAGAUUCAAGAUAUUGUUGGUCUCAAAGACGGUCAAUCCGCGCACUUUGAAUGUACUUUGGUACCUGUUAACGAUCCUGACUUGAAAGUCGAGUGGUACCAUAAUGAGCAACAGAUCCUUCAAUCCUCGAGGAUUAAGACCGUUUCUGACUUUGGUUUCGUGGUGAUGGACAUCUCGUACAUCCAAGACCACGAUUCUGGUGAAUAUGUCUGUAGAGCUUACAACAAAUACGGCGAAGAUUUCACAAGAGCCACUAUCUCUGCACAUGGCAAAGGUGGAGUAUUCUCAGAGACUCUACAACCUGACUCUCUCGCAAAGAUUAGAGAGCUGGAAAGUCUGCAGGGACAACAAGCUCAAGUACCUACCACUCCAGUAACAGAACCACCUAAAUUCAUAACACAAAUACAAGAUGUGACUAAACUCGUUGAAGGACAAAGUGCCCACUUUGAGGCCAGACUGACACCAGUGACUGACCCCGACUUGGUCGUAGAAUGGUACUACAAUGGCAAAAAGUUACCACAUGGACACAGAUAUCGUACUUUCCACGAUUUCGGCAUCGUGAUUCUAGAUAUUUUGUACUGCUACGAAGAAAAUUCCGGUAUUUAUGAAUGCAGGGCCUAUAAUAAAUAUGGCGAAGAUAGCACAAAAGCCAACUUGAAAUGCGUCUCUAAGGCUAAUUUGAUCCUGGACUCGCAACUGCCGCGGGGCAUGGAAGGCGGAUUAGAGAAGAUUCAAACUUUGGAAGAUUCUCUAACUCGUCAAAGAGACGAAAAAGUAACGGAAGAAAAAGGCAGAGCCCCCGUUUUUACGGUACCACUCUCCAACGUGGACAACCUAAGAGAGGGUGAGAGUGCUCACUUCGAAGCCCGACUUAUUCCAACCGACGAUCCUAAACUGAAAGUCGAAUGGUUCUGGAAUGGCAAACCGUUGAGAACUGGUUCCAGGUUCCGUACCUUCUGCGAUUUUGGUUUUGUUAUUUUGGAAAUCUCGCCUGUUUACCCCGAGGACUCUGGGGAGUACUCAUGCCGUGCCUUUAACGACUACGGUGAGGCUGUUACUACCGCCUCCAUGAAAGUUCAAGGAAAGAGAAGCAUUAUCCUUGAAUCCCAACUACCAAAGGGCAUGGAAGGCACUAUUGAUAAAAUCGCGGAACUUGAAGGGCUUGGAGUGAUUCCAUCUCAGGCUACACCUGACGACGACACAGGCAGGCCACCAGAAUUCAUAACUACGCCCUCUGACUUGACUCUCGGUGAAAAUGCGUUGGCUCACUUCGAAUGCAAGCUGAUCCCAGUCAACGACCAGAGUAUGAGAGUGGAGUGGUUCCACAAUGGUAAAGCUUUGUGGGCAGGUUCUAGAAUCAAGACCAUCAACGACUUCGGUUUCGUAAUUCUUGAAGUAUCCGGUGUUUAUCAGAGAGAUUCCGGGUUGUACACUUGCAAAGCCACCAACAGGCAUGGCGAGGCUACAGUUUCAUGUAAGUUGCAAGUAAGAGGUCGCACGGGCAUCAUCUUAGAACCUCAAUUACCAUCGAACUUCAAAUCCGGAACUGAAAGCAUUCAAAAACUUGAAGAGACGCUUUACAAACGCGAGGAAAUCACAACUGAAGAAGAGAAACCAAAUCCUCCGAGGUUUAUUGUUGAAAUUAAGGACAACGUCGAUGUUCCUGAAGGCGGUCCAGUGCACUUUGACUGCCGCGUGGAACCCACGAAUGAUCCGACCAUGCGUAUUGAUUGGUUCCACAAUGGACGACCUUUUGCCACUGGUUCCAGAGUUCACCAAAUCAACGACUUUGGCUUCAUUUCGUUAGAUAUUGACUACACUUACUCCAGAGAUGCAGGAGAAUACAUUUGCAGAGCCACCAACAAGUGGGGCUCCGCUACCACCAAAGCAACCGUAACCUCAAAGUCCAAACGUAACAUUGACUACGAGUCUCAACUUCCAGCGGGCAUGAGCGCCGAGAAACUCAAAGAACUGGAACGUGGUAAAGUUUCUGAGAAACCACAAGAAGACAAGACUUAUUCUCCGCCUAAGUUUAUUACACAAAUUGAAUCGACGACGAUCGAAGAAUCAGAAUCGGUUCGUUUUGAAUGCCGCGUUGAACCAAAAGAUGAUCCCAAACUGCGUAUUGAAUGGUACAGGAACGGAAAACUGUUACCGUCUGGACACCGUUACAGAACUGUGUACGACAUGGGAUUCGUUUCCCUUGAGAUAUUAUACGUAUACGCAGAGGAUUCUGGAGAAUAUGUGUGCCGAGCUGUUAAUGACUACGGCGAAGACUUCACCAAAGCAAAUGUUACGUGCAAAAAGUUGCCCAAUAUCAUUCUCCAGAACCAAGUGCCUAAGGGCAUGAAGAGAUCAGAAACUCUCAUGCAGAUGGAAGCUGCUAUUAAAAAAUACACAUCAGAGAUUCAUUUAACUGAAGAUGACUUAUACGACGUUGACAAGAAGCAACCACCACGAUUCGUUACACAAAUUCUGAAUCAAGAAACGUUGGUUGAAAUGCAGACUACGAAAUUCGAAUGCCAGCUGGCACCAGUUGGUGAUCCUAACAUGAAAGUGGAGUGGUUCUUCAACGGGAAACCUCUUCCACACAAAAAUCGCUUCACCCCGAUUUACGAUUUUGGCUACGUUGCAAUGAACUUCGGCUGGGUGUACCCCGAAGACAGCGGUGAAUAUCUUUGCCGCGCUACCAAUUUGUACGGUAUGGACGAAACUAGAGCCAUCAUUAAGACAGCUGGCAAGCCUGGAAUUAUCUAUGACUCACAAUUACCGAAAGGUAUGAAGAGUAUUGAAAAGAUCAGAGAAUUGGAGGCCGCUUGGCAAGUGGUACCUGAGGAAGCUAGCGAGGAGAGCAAACCUCGCUCCGCUCCAGUCUUCGUCAGUAGGCCUGAACCUUGCGCCGUUCAAGAAGGUGAUUGGGCCAGGUUCUGCUGCCGGGUGACUGGACAUCCGCGACCACGUGUCAUGUGGUUGGUCAACGGUCACACAGUUGCUAACGGAUCGCGCUACAAGCUUACCUACGACGGCAUGUACCACAUGGACAUCCCAAAGACUCGCCAGUACGACACCGGUAAAGUAGAAGUGAUCGCUCGCAGCUCCGUCGGUGAAGCCAUCGCCGAAACAGAACUGAAGGUCGUUCCUAGACACGAUGAUUACAGAGGGGUUCUUAAGAAUUCGCCAAGACCAUGGUACGAUCUCGAGUUGACUCAGUACCAAAAGGAGCGCGCUGAAACUGAACUCGAACGAAUUUUCGACGAACGUAACACGCUGCAACGCGAACAAGGUAUUAACGUCACGGGAGUUCACGUUCAGUCUAAAGACUUCAAAGAGGCAGAAACGGAAUGGCAGAAGUCGGUUAAGACUAAGAAAACCGAUGACUACUACAACAAGUUGCAAGAACUUGAAAAUGAACAAGUAAUCAAAGAAAUCAAACUGAGGGAAUCGUCACACCAGUUUGCUAUUCCGGGCGAGAAAGUCGUGUCGAGUUCGUUGGCCAGAGGGAUGGCACAGAAAUAUCAAGAAACCUUGGAACAAAAACCUGAAAAAGUUGAUCUCAGACCCAUCCCACACUUACCCAAAGAAACCCAACAAGUCACACCACACCGUGAUCUAGUGCAGCUGAGAAGGACCGACAAAGGCAAAGAAAUGGGAGAAGAACGCGAAGUUAUCAUCGAUUCAAAGAGGGGUGCUUAUCCACCAGACCCCACCGAAUCCGGUGUCCACGGACGUGAAGUCUACGUCACCAAACAACGUCAAACACAGAAAGAAAACGUCGGAGAUACAGAAAUUACUCGUCAUAUCACAGCCACCGAAACCACAGACGUUGAACACAAAGCCAAAACGCAAGAGCGGUUAGUCCAAGGACAGGUACUUCCCAGCAACCCACCCGUCUUUACCAAGAAGAUCCAGCCUUGUUUAGCUUUUGAGAACACAUCAGCCCGAUUUGAAGUUGAAUUCGACGGUGAUCCACUACCUAAGAUCACAUGGUUCCGUGAAGACUUCCCCAUUACGAGCUCCCCAGACUUGACCAUCUACACCUUCAGUACUAAGUCGAUUCUAGUCCUGCGCCAAGUCUUCGUGGAAGACUCUGGUGUCUUCAGCGUUGUCGCCGAAAAUCGCGGCGGUACCGCUAAAUGUAGCGCCAAUUUGGUUGUUCAAGAACGCAGAAGCCAAGCUAGAGGAGGAGUAGUACCACCUAGCUUCGUCACCACGAUACAAAGUGCUGCUUCCAACGUAGGUCAACUAGUAAGAUUUGACGCCCGCAUCAACGGUACUAAACCCAUCGAUGUGUACUGGUUGAAGAACGGCAAGAAGAUCGUCUCAGACAUCCGCUACAAAACUCUAGAAGAAGACGAAGUCCACACACUUCUCAUCAUCGAAGUAGUACCCGAAGACUCCGGAAAGUACGAAUGUGUGGCCAUCAACAGCGGAGGUGAAGCCCGUUGUGAAGCCGAUUGCGUGGUACAAAGACCCGCUACGCCGUCGAAACCCGCUAAACCUACCACUCCCACUAGCGAGAAAGCACCCACCAUUGUGGAGCCCUUGAAGGACCAGAAAGUACGCGAAGGCCAAGCUGUGGCUUUCCGUUGCAAAGUCGCCGGUAAACCGGCACCCACGAUCAAGUGGCAGAAGGGCGACAAGAUCAUCAAACCGUCGAAGUAUUUCCAAAUGGUCAAAGAUGGGGAUAAUUAUACGCUGAAGAUCUCAGAAGCAUUCCCUGAAGAUGAGGGUGUGUACAAGUGUGUAGCUACGAAUCCUGCCGGUACGGUCACUUUACAAGCUAAUUUGAAAGUACUGGCACCGGAAACGCAAGAAGUAGCACCUUCGUUGACACCGAUGAAGGAUGUUAUCGUACCUGAGGGAAGUCCUGCUCAGUUUAAAACUACUGUUGCUGGGAAACCCAAACCGACCAUUCAGUGGUUGAGGGAAGGGUUCCUGAUUCCCGAUUCGCCAGAUUUCCAGAUGAUCCAUGAGGGCAACAACGCAGUCCUUCUGAUCUCAACGACGUACGAAGAAGACUCCGGCACGUUUACAUGCAGAGCGACUUCUUCGGCAGGCCAAGUGGAGCGUUCCGCCAAACUGAUCGUCAAAAGCCGUCCAGGAACUUACCGCAAACCAGCAACAACAGACCUCACUUCCAAAGAUGCCACCAAAACCGGAAAACAACCUCAGUUCGGUCCUGGACAAGGAGGUCCAGGUCAAACCACGCAGAAAUUCGUACCUGGUUCAAAAGGUGGCGUGCAACCAAUGGAUGAAGAUGAACUUCCUCUUGGUGAUGAAACCUUACCUUGGCGUCGGACACCUAAACCUCAGAAAGUUGUGGGUGUUGAUGAGCAAAAACCACAACAGGCUCAACCUUGGACACAAGGGCAGAUAAGUUUGAAGAAGACGCAAAGACCAACGAAGGAGAUUACCAAAGAACAAGUAGAAGAGGUACAGCUGAAACCGUCCAGACCUCAAACUAAAGAAAUCCCCAGAGCUGAAUUGGAAAGGGUUGAUCUCAAACAUAGGACCAAAUUUACGAGUGAAGAAAAGACUGAAGAAGUUACUUCUUGGGACAGACGCGUUGAGAGUGAGGAUACUACGUUGUUGGAGAUUGACGAAAGAAGAAGAGUACAAAAGACUGAUACUUUGCAAACGAAAGACUGGCGUGGGCCUCGGCCACGAACUGAUAAAGAUACUAGGCGAGAAGUUGAAGACACGACUUUAUUGUCUGUAGACGAAAGAGAGAGAACUGAAGAAAGCAAGAAGACUGAAGUCAAGGAUUGGCGUAGAUCUAGAAAAGAUGAUACGAGUUUAGAACGACGCAGGGAUGUUGAAGAUACAACACUGCUUUCAGUUGAAGAACGGGAGAAAGUAAAACAAACCAAAGAAACAGAAACUAGAGGUUGGCGUAGACCUAGAAAAGAUGAUACGAGUGUGGAACGGCGAGAGGAGACGGAAGAUACAACUUUACUUAGUGUUGAUGAAAGAGAGAAAGUCACGGAGACAAGAGAAUUAGAAACAAGAGGUUGGCGCAGGCCGAAAAAAGAAGAACCAGUUGAAGACGUAACGGAAGCACCAAAGGAAGAACAAAUUCCUUGGAACAAACAAGAAAUAAAAUUAAAACCUGCACCAAAAGAACGGAAAGACAUUCCUAAACCGAAAAUCGAAGACGUGCAGCUGAAAUCAGCACGACCAGAAACAAAAACUAUUCCCAAAGAAGAAUUAGAACCGGUUACUCUAAAACCAGUAUCACUUAAGAUAAAACCAACAGAAACAGAUACAUUAGUUACCACAUACGACGAACAAUCAACUACAUUACAAGUAGAUGAAACCGAAGAAAGACGACCGUGGCGCAAGGUACGAAAACAGGAUGAGGAAGAAAAGUCUGAAGAAAUUAUAACACAAGAAGAAAAAGAAGAAAAACCACAAAUCAUUGAAAAGAAAGAGGAACCACUUCCAUGGAACAAACAACCAAUUACUUUAAGGAAAGCACCAAAAGAAAUCAAAGAAAUUCCAAAAGAGAAAAUAGAAGACGUUCAACUAAAACCAACACGACGUGAAAGUAAAACUAUUCAAAAAGAAGAAUUAGAAACAGUAGAUUUAAAAUCAGUGUCUCUGGAAAAAAUAAAAGCAACGAAAACCGAUAAACUGGUUACAGCACACAUCGAAGAUUCAACUACGUUACAAGUAGAUGAAACGGUGGAUGAAACAGAUAAAGCGAAGGUAAGAGAUUGGCGUAGACCCAGACGCGAAGAUGAAGAACAAGUUGAGGAGAUUCCAAAAGUUGAAAAGAAAGAAGAAAAACCACAAAUAAUUGAAGAAAAGAAAAAGGAACCCAUUCCAUGGAACAAACAAGAGAUUGUUCUUAAGAGGACACCACAUGAAUCUAAAGAAGUAGAAAAACCGAAACUAGAAGAAGUACAACUGAAACCAAUGAAACCUGAAAGUAAAACACUGCAAAAAGCGGAACUAGAAACAGUUGAUUUGAAAUCUGUGUCUCUUCAAAAAAUUAAAUCUCUAGACAUUGAAACUACCAAAUUAGAACAAGCAUACACUGAAGAUACGACAACUUUGAAAGUAGAUGAAAGAGUAGAGCCAAUUACAGCUACACAUAAGGAAGAAAGAGUACCAGAAGACGAAACAAUCCCGCAAGAAGACGAAAAGCCAAAAUUACAAGAACCCAAGCAGGAGGAAAUACCUUGGAAUAAACAAGAGAUUAAGUUAAAGAGAGUAGAAAGAGACAGAAAGGAAAUUUCUGUCCAAAAACUUGAAGAAGUAGAAUUGAAACAUGCGCGUCACGAACCCAAAGUGAUUCCUACAGAAGAAUUAGAAAUAGUGAAACUUAAACCGGUGUCUCUUGAAACAAUAAAACUUACAGAAAGUAGAGACAUACAGGAAGAGACUUCCGUUGAAGGUCAGGUUAAAGAAACUACCGAAAUCAAACAAUGGCGUAAAUCAAGUAAGCAAAGAACUCAUGAAGAACAGGUCGUAGACGUUACCGAAGAAACUGAGAAACGACACACCGAAGAGAAAUCAUUAAUAGAAAUCCGGGAACAAGAGAAAGUAGAAGAAAACAAACUGGAAACAAGAGGAUGGAGACGCGGUCCUAAAGAAACUCCAGAAACACUAGAACACAAACCACAGGAGCCUAAGGUAAUCGAAAAGAAGGAAGAAAUUCCGUGGAACAAACAAGAAAUUACUUUGAAACGUACUCCAAGAGAAGACAAAACAGUUGUUAAAGAAGAGCUAGAGAAAGUAACACUCAAAACAGUUAAGAAAGAUGUGAAGACUGAAGAAAGCCAAAGAGUUCAUACGGAGGACGAAAGUUAUAUUGACGUAGAAAAGACAGUAAAAGACGAGCAACAAAUAAGUAAGAGAUGGCGAAAAGAGCGAAAAGAUGCUGGUAAACCAGAAGAAGAACGACCCACUCACGUUGAAGAUACUACAUUAAUAAGUGCUCCUGAAGAAGAAUACAUUGAAGAGAAACCAGGGCAACCUCAGCCAGAAAUCAGAGGCUGGCGAAGACCUAGAACAGAAGAAAAAGUGACUGAUGAACAAAAACCAGCAGAGGAAGAAAAGCCAGUUGAAGAGCCAAAGCCUUGGCGCAAACCAAAACCAGCACCUAUUGAAAAACAAGAACCAGAACCAGCUCCCUGGACAAAGGGCGUUGAACUUAAGAGAACUCCCAAAGUAAUAAAACAAAUUGAAGAAGAAACAUUGGAAAGUGUAACUUUAAAACCAAUUCCUAAACCUUUGGUAGAACCACAAGAAGCCGUACUAUCCUCAGAAGAAUCAGACGAAGUUCAGUCGGUAGAGGACAGACUCGUACGAGUGAAAAAAUCCAAAAAACAAAAGAGAAGGCGGAAACCAGAUGAACAAACAGGGCUAGAAGAACAGGCUCCACAGGAAGUUGAACAAGAAAAACCGACAGAGGAAGAGAAACCAGCAGAGGAAGAAAAACCAGUUGAAGAGCCAAAGCCUUGGCGCAAACCAAAGCCAGCCCCUAUUGAAAAACAAGAGCCAGAACCAGCUCCCUGGACAAAGGGCGUUGAACUUAAGAGAACUCCCAAAGUAAUAAAACAAAUUGAAGAAGAAACAUUGGAAAGUGUAACUUUAAAACCAAUUCCUAAACCUUUGGUAGAACCACAAGAAGCCGUACUAUCCUCAGAAGAAUCAGACGAAAUUCAAUCGGUAGAGGACAGACUCGUGCGAGUGAAAAAAUCCAAAAAACAUAAGAGAAGGCGGAAACCGGGUGAACAAACAGGGCUAGAAGAACAGGUUCCACAGGAAGUUGAAGAAAAACCGACUGACGAAGAGAAACCAGCGGAGGAAGAACAACCAGUUGAAGAGCCAAAGCCUUGGCGCAAACCAAAGCCAGCACCUAUUGAAAAACAAGAACCAGAACCAGCUCCCUGGACAAAGGGCGUUGAACUUAAGAGAACUCCCAAAGUAAUAAAACAAAUUGAAGAAGAAACACUGGAAAGUGUAACUUUAAAACCAAUUCCUAAACCUUUGGUAGAACCACAAGAAGCCGUACUAUCCGCAGAAGAAUCAGACGAAGUUCAAUCGGUAGAGGACAGACUCGUGCGAGUGAAAAAAUCCAAAAAACAUAAGAGAAGAGGAAAACUAGAUGAACAAACAGGGCUAGAAGAACAAGCUCCACAGGAAGUUGAAGAAGAAAAACCGACAGAGGAAGAGAAACCAGCAGAGGAAGAAAAACCAGUUGAAGAGCCAAAGCCUUGGCGCAAACCAAAGCCAGCCCCUAUUGAAAAACAAGAGCCAGAACCAGCUCCCUGGACAAAGGGCGUUGAACUUAAGAGAACUCCCAAAGUAAUAAAGCAAAUUGAAGAAGAAACACUGGAAAGUGUAACUUUAAAACCAAUUCCUAAACCUUUGGUAGAACCACAAGAAGCCGUACUAUCCUCAGAAGAAUCAGAUGAAGUUCAAUCGGUAGAGGACAAACUCGUGCGAGUGAAAAAAUCGAAAAAACAUAAGAGAAGGCGGAAACCAGAUGAACAAACAGGGCUAGAAGAACAGGCCCCAGGAGAAGUUGAAGAAGAAAAACCGACAGAGGAAGAGAAACCAGCAGAGGAAGAAAAACCAGUUGAAGAGCCAAAACCCUGGCGCAAACCAAAGCCAACUCCUAUUGAAAAACAAGAACCAGAACCAGCUCCCUGGACAAAGGGCGUUGAACUUAAGAGAACUCCCAAAGUAAUCAAACAAAUUGAAGAAGAAACAUUGGAAAGUGUAACUUUAAAACCAAUUCCUAAACCUUUGGUAGAACCACAAGAAGCCGUACUAUCCGCAGAAGAAUCAGACGAACUUCAAUCGGUAGAGGACAGAAUUGUGCGAGUGAAAAAAUCCAAAAAACAUAAGAGAAGGGGGAAACCAGAUGAACAAACAGGGCUAGAAGAAGAGGCUCCACAGGAAGUUGAAAAAGAAACACCGACAGAGGAAGAGAAACCAGCAGAGGAAGAAAAACCAGUUGAAGAACCAAAGCCUUGGCGCAAACCAAGGCCAGCACCUAUUGAAAAACAAGAACCAGAACCAGCUCCCUGGACAAAGGGCGUUGAACUUAAGAGAACUCCGAAAGUAAUAAAGCAAAUUGAAGAAGAAACACUGGAAAGUGUAACUUUAAAACCAAUUCCUAAACCUUUGGUAGAACCGCAACAAGCCGUACUAUCCGGAGAAGAAUCAGACGAAUUUCAACCAGCAGAGGACAAACCCGUACGAACUAAAAAACCCAAAAAACAAAGGAGGAAGGACAAACCAGAUGAAGAAACAGGGCUAGUAGAAGAGGUUCCACAGAAAGUUGAAGAAGAAAAACCGACAGAGGAAGAGAAACCAGUAGAAGAAGAAAAACCAGUUGAAGAGCCAAAGCCUUGGCGCAAACCAAGGCCAGCACCUAUUGAAAAACAAGAACCAGAACCAGCUCCCUGGACAAAGGGCGUUGAACUUAGGAGAACCCCUAAAGUAAUAAAACAAAUUGAAGAAGAAACACUGGAAACUGUAAGUUUAAAACCAAUUCCUAAACCUUUGGUAGAACCGCAACAAGCCGUACUAUCCGGAGGAGAAUCAGAUGAAAAUCUACCGCUAACCUUAGAGGACAUGGAAAAAUCGCGCAAAAAAUAUAAGACAAAGAAGAGACCAGAAAAAGAAACAGGACUAGAAGAAGAAGAAGAAACUCCACAGGAAGUUGAAGAAGAAAAACCACUUGAAGAAUCUAAAGAACCAGAAUCAGUAAUUGUUGAAACUGUCACAGAAGUUGAAGACACUGUCGUACUGAAAGUUGAGGACAAAGAGAAGCCAAGAAAAAUACGACCAGAAAGAAAAGAAGAAGUACCUGAAGUAGUCACGCUGAAGCCAGUUAGGAGAUCUGAGAAACCUAAAGAGGAAGAAUCACUUGAAACCGUUACGUUGAAACCCGUAUUGAAGUUUAAGCCUGAAACUCCAGAAAUAACAACCGUAGAAAAGAAACAACCAAAGAAAAAAUACAGAGAUGUUGAACUUCCUGAGGAUGGUGAAAAAUAUGUUCCAGAAGAAGCCGAAAAGGUAGAAAUAGAGGACAAACCAAAAGAAGUGGAAGAAAAACCGUCAGUUCCAUGGCGAAGGGAACCUAAACCGAAACCGGAAAUUCUAGAAGAAGAAAGAGCACCACUUAAAAUAGGCAAAGGUAAAAUACCAAAAGAUGAAGACAAAAAAGAAGAAGUACAUCUGAAACCGGUGAAGAGAGAAAAACCGAAAGAAGAAAAGCCAUCUGAACCUUCUAAACCUUUCAAACCCGAGGACACCGAAUUUAUUCCAGCAGAUUUUGAUCGCCAAAAGAUUGAGCGUACUCCUAGAGAAGAUAAAGAAAAACCAAAAGAAGAAAAACCAGAAGAGUUGGUGCCACAAGAAAAACCAAGUGAACCUAAGAUUGAAGAAACAGCAACGGCACCGUGGAGACGACAGCCACGACAGAAAGAAGAAGAAGUGCCCGAAGUGAAGGAAUGGCCCAGAGGUAAACGAAAGCCAAAAGAAGAUGAGAAACCAGAACAGAUACAGCUAAAGCCAUUCAAAAAAGAAAAACCGGAAGAACCACUGCAAAAGGUUGUUUUAGAAACUAUCAAAAUGCAAGAACCUAUUGUAACAGAAAUAGAGGAAAGAGACGACGGUAUCAAAUUUAAACCUUCAGACCGUGAAGAACCUGAAGAUAAAGAUAAGAAGAAGCGUUACAAGAAACGUCCAAAGGAUGUACCUGAAGAAGUUGUUCCUGCUGCUGAAGAAGUUCCUGUUGUUGAAGAAAUUCCAGAAGAAAUUCCUGAGGAGAAACCAAAAGAAACAGCAAAACCAGAAGAAGUUGUGCCUCAAGUUAAAACCUGGCGUAGAGGUAAACAAUUACCUAAGCCGGUAGAAGAGGAAAAAGAAGUUGUUACUUUGAAACCUAUUCCAAGAAAGGAAGAAAUUGCUGAACCUGAAGAACCCCAAGAGGCCGAAAUCAAGAAAACUAAAGGCCAAAAGAUUAUUAGGAAAUCGAAAUCUCAUCCUCUUCCAAAAGACGACGAAGGAGCAGAAGUACUUCCAGAAGAAGAAAAGCCUGAAUUAGUGCCCACUAAAUUAGAAGAUGUACCUGAAAAGAUUCAAGAAGCAAUUACCACCCAGCAAUCUGUGGCUCAAAUAACACUGGCUGAAAGAAAGACCGAACAAGUGGAACAAAUAAGAGAAGAAAGAGCAACUGAAGACGAACAAGUGCAGUUCCAAAAAGCCAUAAAUGUUGAAAUUAUUUCCAAAAAGAAGACAAGCGAAAAACGCGUCGUUAGGUUCGACGACUAUGGUCAGCCAAUCCCUGAACUAGAAAUUAUUUCGCAGAAACGAAUAACUGAAGGUAUCGAUAAACUGCCCGAAGAACCCCUUCAAGAAGAUAUCGACAUUCGUGAACAGAAAACUGUCCACAAAUCGAUUGUUCAGAAAACAAUUAGUGAACAUGUUAAGAAGAGAACCGUCGCUCCCAAAUUUACCCAACGGGUUGAGCCUGUGGUUUCAGAACCAGAUAAACCCACGAAACUUAUAUGCCAGGUAGAGGGUACGCCAUUCCCCGAAAUCGCUUGGUAUAAGAACGAAGUUCUUAUGCAUGCCACCGAAAGGGUCUACUGGAACAUUGUCGAAAACACCGUCACUUUGGAAUUUGCCAAAGUAGAACCCCAGGAUGUCGCCAUUUAUUCGUGCAAAGCCACCAACGCCGGUGGAGUUGCCACUUCUACAGCAAAUCUUGUCAUUCUAGAAAAAGAAGAAAGCGGCGUGGCUCCACACUUCGUCGAACCUCUGAAGCCUCAAAUCGUUGAAGAAAAAUCCGCAGCAGUUCUUCGGUGUAAAGUUGUGGGUCAACCAACUCCCAAUGUCAAGUGGUUCAAGGACAAUAAAGAAGUGGUUCCUACUCCAACUCGCCAAAUUACCUAUAAUCCUCAAACAGGCAUUGCCACUUUAGAAUUGUUAGAACCCACACCCGAAGACGAGAAAAUCUUCACUGUCAAAGCAGAUAACAAGUUUGGUCAAGCUGAAUGUCGAGCCAACCUCAUCAUCUCCAAAGCAGUGACAGUCACUCAACCUUUAGUCAUGCAGGCACCGAGAAUCAUCAAACCGGUGAAAGCCGUAGUUGCUAAACCAGACGAAGAAAUUGUCCUUGAGGCAGUAGUUGAAGGAAUACCAGCACCUGAAAUCAAAUGGUUAAAGAACAACAAAGAAAUCACACAGGGCGAGGAGUAUGACGUCAAAGUAGAGGAAAAAAGGACUGUCUUAAAAAUCAAAAAGAAGGUGAAAAAGAAGGGUGGCAAAUACGAAGUACAGGCUAUUAAUCCAAAGGGAGAAGUCCGUUCAUCAGGAACGGUCACAGUCACGCAGACCAUCAGCGAAGAAGCCCAGCCACCUAAAUUCGUCCAACCCAUCAAUCCACAAUACGCCACAGUUGGAGAAGUCGUAAUCUUGGAAGCCGAAGUCGAAUCGUUCCCUGCAGCUUCCUUCCAGUGGUUCCAGAAACUCACACCCAUUAUAUCUACACCUGAAAUGAAGAUCGUUUCCGAAGAAAAUCGAUCGACUUUGAUUCUCACUGACGUCACACCAGAACAAGCAGGCACUAUCACGUGCAGGGCGGAAAACGCGGUGGGUUCAGUCACUUGUACCGCCUCCCUUAACGUCGUUGAAGAAACAGAAUGGGAGGAGGCACGCGAACUCGAGUACCCGAGAUUCAUCAAACCGUUGACACCGAUCCGAGUGAUGGACGGCGAGAAGGUAACUUUCAGUUGCGUUGUCACAGGCAAACCCAUUCCAAAGGUUCAGUGGUACCUCAACGACUUACCUGUCAAGGAAGCUAAGGAUGUAGUUAUCUCUCAGAGCAGCGAAGGUGUCUGCAUGCUAGCUAUCGCCGAAGUGUUCCCCGAAAAUGCUGGAAUUUACACGUGCAAAGCUGUGAAUAAAGUGGGCGAAGCGGUUUGCAAAUCUUCACUCAUUGUUGAAGCAUACGAAUACAUACCGGACUCUGAGAUGGGUCAUUUGACUGGUUCUGAAGAAGACCUUCUGGCGGAUAGAACAAUUAGCGAAGGAUUCCUUUCGGAUAGUGACACAGAAUGCGCUCCUAAGAUCAUCAAGAAGUUGCCACAAGUAGUUUCGACUAAAGACGGCGAUGUUACAAAAUUGGAAGUGAGAGCUGUGGGCAAACCUAAGCCUGAAGGCAAAUGGUUGAAACAAGGAACGGAAAUCAUCCCAUCUCGCGAUUUCCUGAUCGAGAACUUUGAAGAUGGCACUUCCAUUCUUACCAUUUCAGAAGUGUACCCCGACGAUACCGGAGACAUCGUCUAUGAAGCACACAAUCCACUCGGUGUUGCUGUGACAACCACACAGUUACUCGUAGAGAGCGCCGAAGGCAUCCUUGGUACCAAAGAAUACAGAAAACCGGAAUGGGUUACUCACAUGGAGGAACUUCAAGCUGCACUGAAAGCUGCUCAAAGCCCACCAACAUUCGUCCAAGAAAUCACAGAUGUACGAACCACAGAAACCGAAACAAUCAAAUUCGAAUGUUUGUUUUCAGGAACACCAACUCCAGAUAUUAUCUGGUAUCAUAAUGACAAAAUUGUGCGAAAUACCGACAAGGUUAAAGUUCGUAUUGAAGAUAAUAAAACUUCUUGUACUAUUACUGAGGUCACCAGCGAACAUGUGGGUACAUAUGUUUGUAAAGCCGUGAGUGACAUAGGCUUAGCCGUUACCAAAGCCAAACUAUACGUACAAGAAAUACCAGAAGAGAAGAAACGACUAAUUCUCAUCAAGAAAGCACACGAGCGGGAAGAAAAGAUUCGAAAAGAAAGAGUCGUCAUUGAGAAGAAACGUGAAGAACGGAAGAAGAGAGUCGUGCAGACGCGUGAAGAAGAGACCAAGCCUGUGGAAGUAAGCGAAGUGACUGCAGUAGAAACAGCCGAACAAAUCGAUAUUGAAGAAACCAAGCCCGAGAAGGCUACACCCAAGUUUGACAUACAGAAACCCGUAGCCACCGAAGCCGUCGCCAGUUGCAAAAAGAUCGACGACACCGUAGAACUCGUCGAAGAAAAAGAAAUGGCAAGGGCUCUCGUGUCACCGACAGAGCCUAUGAUCUCCGAAGAAAUCCAACCAGGUGAAACGGUAAAAGGCUUUAAGGAAACCAAACACAAAACUCGCAAAGCCAGAGUCGACAUUCAAGAAGUCGUCUCUGAAUUCGCCGACAUCACAGAAGUCAAACUGGAAGACGUCAUUCAAAGGGUGGAAAAGAUCAUCAGAAGAAGCGAGAUGAAAAUGGGUAAAGAGGUGUCAGAAAUGUUGGAGUUCAUCAACGUGAAAGAAUUUGGACCCGGAGAACAUCCCUUGCGAGAGAUCGCCGAAAUUGGGUAUUUGCUCAGAAAUGGAGUGAGUACUCAAGAAGUCACCGUUUUGUACCACGAGAACAAGUUCCCUUCGCUUACUACACCACAAGCGCAGUCGGCCUUGGUUAAUGUCGUGGAAAGAAAAGGUCAUGGUGCCCUAAUUUCAGAAGUGCUUACUGAAACAGCAGUCAUCGAUGAAAAACAACUGGCUGCUACCGUCGGGUUCAGGGCCCUUAUGAAAAUGGUCGAAUCGAACUACGUCACAAUUGAAGAAGUCAUCACCAGUUUCAUUCCAGAAGAUUUUAUACAAAGAGCUUGGGAAACUUCAGAAAUAACAGAAAGUUUCACUAGAUCAUCGUUCAAAGAAAUGGUAACCAUCAAAGAAGAAGUCGAAGUCCUGGAAGACACUACGAAAGUGGUUACGCAAAAGGGUAAAAAAGAAAAAGAUGAAGUUGAAAUCGUUGAAAUCGAGGAAGAAAGCACGGCAGCUAUCAAAGGCACUACACAACCAGAAAAAACACAAACCGACGAAAAGUUGACGAUUACGGAAUUGCCCGUUGAUCAGCCAGAACUUGAGUCCAAAGCGCCCUGGCGCAGACAGAAAAUCGAACAAAUAGUCGAAGUAGAAGAGAAAAUCCGGCGCAAAAAGUCGCAAGAAAAACAACACAAAGAGCGCGAAAUCGAAAUCGAAGAAGAAGAGGAAGAAGAAGUAGAGAAAGAGUUAAAAGCGCGAAAAAUAAAAGCACACAGACCUAAAGUCGGUGAAUAUGACAUGGACGAAGAAGAGUAUGACGAAAUAGUACCUUUCGAUGCUACCAAGCAGAAACAGAUUCCACUCAUCACACCUGGAAUAUAUUCAGAAACCACACCUCUAGGGUUAGUUGCUCAAAUUGAAUCCGGAGAUAUCGCGCAAACCAAAGCUACUGUUGAUCUUCUCACACAUUCUGCUUUGGUUGAACAGCAAAUUCAAGCCGAAGAGAAAGAAAUCAUUGGUGAAAAAGUCACUUCGGCCUCUUACGUGGCCAAAAAAUCAAUCGAUACACGUGAAGCUUACGAAGUUAGUGAACAAGACGUGCAAAGUGUACCAGGACAGUUUGAGGGUAGUUUCAAACCGACUCUAUCAACGGCGUUCCCUAAAUUUGCCUCUAGGGAAGGCAUCACUGUACAAGAAGUGCUAUUAGGUGACACAUCAACUGCGUUGAUCAAAGAAGACACGAAAGAAUUUAAAGCCGACUUUUCUUUACUUCCGCAAGAAGCCACAAAAAUCUCUGAAGUGGAAGUGUCUCUUAAAGAACAAAGUCUCGACGAAUUCUCCAUUCCUAAGCCUAGCCAAGCCAGCGGUACGUUCACAACUAAAGAAAGUGUCAAUGUAGAAGAGAUCUUCCAUGGUGUAAGCGAAAGUACCUUAGAGAUGAUGAAACCGUCUACCGUAACAGGCAAAGUAAGUAUAGACACUAGAGAGUCGCUGAUUGUCGAAGAAGUCGAAGCUGAAACCAAACCAGGAAAACAUUUACCAGAAGCUUUCGUUCCGACUGAAAUUGCUACCAUGGGGGUGAUUCCUCAGAAAUCACUCACUCAGUCCCAAAUGGUCGCCCCAGAAACUGAAGGCGAGUACGUUCCAGGCCGGUUACCACCGACGCAAAAGGCUGACUUUAAAGUCACAACAGGUGAAAGCGUAAUAGUUUCGCAAACUCAACCUCAAGACAAAGAAAAUGUCUUCGCGAAGGCACCUAGUCCCGAAAAAGCAUCGGCUAGCGAGGACAUCAUCCUCUCGGAAGGAGUCAGUGUGAGUGUGACAGACAGUCAGUUACCACAAAGAGACUUGACUGAUGAAGUCUUUCCAAAAGAAGUGGCAAACGUAGAGAUUCUUCCAAAAGAAACAUUUUCAACUCAGACGACUCUGGCAGUGGAAUCUGAAGGCAGCUACCACCCAGGAGACAAACCUAAUUAUAAAACCGCGGAUACCACCAUCAUCUGUCAUGAAGUUAACGACACGUCAAUUGUUACCGCUCAAGAAUCUGAAAAUGUGUUAGAUCUGGGCGAGAAGCCCGUACAGUCUCUCGCUGAAACUUCAGUCAGACCUGUCGAGUCUCUUACAGUUUCGGAAGUCCAUACCACCGAUGUACCUGAUGAAUUCAAGGAUUACCCCAAAUUCAAAACAGACACUGCUGUCAGCGACAUCCAAAUGCUCGAAGCUACUCACAUCACCGAAACUAACAUCAACGAGAAAGAAUCGUCUUAUAUUGAAGACAAACCCGAAAUGAAAACAGCUGAGAGCAAUUACACCAGACCUCAAGACCAAAUAGAAGUCACAGAACUGAAUUACAUGGAAAGCGAGAAGCAACUACAGGAGUUCGAGUUACCUGAAAGUCACAAAAGUAAAACCGUUACAAGUCACACUCUUCCAACUGGCAUUGUUGAAGAGGUGAAUCCUGAAUACAGCGCCAGCAAACUAGAUGAAACUGGGAUUAAACCAACCCAAGCAGAGUUCAGUCAAACCACACACACUGAAACGGUUAUUUCUGAAGCUGUGGCUGGAGAAACAUUUGAAACUAAAGAUUACGAAAAACCAGAGGGAAAACAGGCAGAGCUUCAAGUGCUACCAAGAGAAAGUCUUAACAUUUCGGAAGUAUUCACAGACGACAAGGAGAAAGAAUAUGUGCCAGGUGAAUCACCUCUCAUUCAACAAGCUACUUUUGAUAUAGAUGCACAAAAGGUUGCUAGUAAAACCGAAGUUCAAGCAGACUACUCGACGCAGAAACUUGACACUGUACAACCUUCAACGGUUGUUGCAGAAACGGAACAAGACACUCUUGAGAGUGUCCAAAUCACACAAUGCGAGACAGCUGAGAAAGAAGUUGAUGAAAUCAAAAAGAUUGAAUUUGAGACAAAGCAAGUGGCGGUUGAUAUCACGGAAGCCCGACAAGGGCCCAAUGUCACACAGAUAAUUACAAAUGAAAGAGAGGAGGAAUACGUACCUGAAGUUCAGCCACAACACGGUUUGGCACAACCGAACUUGACCCUUCAGGAGGUCAUCGUGAAAUCUGAAAUCGAAACAGUCGUACACGCUGAUGAAAUAAUAGAAGAAGAGUUACUGACAGGUAAAGCCAAGAAGUAUGCAAAACCUUUCCAAGAACUAAUAGUAACGGAAACUAACGUCGUUGAUAUUGAGAAAACUCUACCCAGAGACAUCAUGCCGGAUAAGAAAUCUGCUAACGUAGAUAUCAUCCCUGGCCAAGAGUUAUCAGUUACCGAAAUAGUAACAGAUCAUAAAGAACAACCUCUUGAAUAUUCAAAACCGGUGGAGUCGCAAGCCGACUUCAACGUAACAGAAUCACAGGUGGCUUUGAAGGAAGAAGUUUUGCCUGAAAUCAGUCCUGGUGACUUUUCAAGGGAAUCACCUGAAAAACAACUGGCCAAAGCGGCACAAGAUGUAUCUCAUCCUCUGGUUCAAACGCAGUUCACUGCUGGCGAAAAAGAGGGUCUACAACCUGCAGACGUCAAACCCGACGAAAAGAAAGUCACUGUGGAAUUUCUUGAAACCGAAGGCAUUAACGUCACUGAAGUCACCUCUGACUACAAAGAAAAGGCAUUCGAAGGAAUGGCCAAACCAGAGGAAGCUCGAGGUGAGCAAUCUGUUUCUUCACACGUAAUAGCAACAAAAACGGAAGUUCAACCCGACCACUCCGUUGAUAAAUUUGUUCAGCCAGAAGUUAGCACCAAACAAGCGACGUGUGAAAGUUCGCUGCUUGAGAGCUUAACAACCGGAGAAGUGGUCGUUCAAGAAAAAGAGUCUGACUUCACGCAGUCUAAACCUGAUUUGAAAUCAGCAGAGGCCGAUUAUACUUUAGGUGAAGGGGUUUCAGUAACUUCUGUUUUGGCCGGCGACAAGGAAACAGAUUUCACGGAAAAAGCAACGGACUUUGAGACAGCUGCUCCUAUUUUAACCCCGCAAGAUGAAGUUCAAGUAGGAGAAACCGUACCGGAUGAUACUCUCGGUGCCUAUGACAGGUCUUCUCCAACUACAGCCACAGCUGUUAAAACUCAAUCAGAGCUUCAAAGCGUUAUCAAUCUGGAAGCUAUAAUUGGCGAAUCUGAAGGCGAAUUUACCAAAGACACAAAACCGGAAGAAAAAACAGCGGAAGUUGAAUUCGAAGAAACUAAAGCUGCUCUUGUAUCAGAAACGUUGACUGGAGAUAAAGAGAAACUUUACGAACAACCAGAAGCUGUGACCUCUGGUCAAGCUUCUUUAGCUUUUGACGUACAGCCCGUUGCCGAAACGAACAUUAUUGUGGCCGAAAACAUUACUAAAGACGUUGUAGAAGUGGUACCCACAACAGCUCAAGCCAAUGUCGAUCAAUCUACUUUAGAAAGCAUAAUCUUAUCAGAAUCGAUGGUCCAAGAUAAAGAAGGAUCGUUUGAACAAGCACCUUUUGAAACUAAAACCGCCACUGUAGGAUUCAGAGAGGACACCGGAGUAGUAAUCACUCAAACUGAAAGUAGCGAAAGAGAGACAAUUCUAAAACCGGGUGAAAAACCGGAAGGUAAACAUGCUGAGACAGGUGUAGAUACUUUGGAGCUCGUUGUUAAAACCGAAACUGACAUUCAUGACACUUUCAAAGAUUUGGAAGUACCUCAACCAGAAACGGUGUCAGCUCAAUCUGAAUUUUCAACCUUCAAAACCGCUGUCAAUCUUGAAACGGUUGCCACAGAAUCAGACUUGCCUCUAGAGGUUGCUACACCUGAAACUAGAAACGUCGUCGUUUCAGUCAAUGAAGGUCAAAGCGUUAUAGUCGAAACUGUAAUUACGAAUGAAAAUGAGAAAGAAUUCGUAAAGGAAACAACUGAAACCAAAGUUGCUGAGACAAGCUUUGCUGAUAUGAAAAGUGUAGCAUCCACUUUCCAAACCCAAGCAGAUUUAGGUGUCGGAGAGUUGAAACCUGAAACUCGAGAUACAACAACAGCGGUACCUGAAACUGUACCUUUCACCCCCUUAAUGCAGUCUGAACAAGUGAUCGUCGAUAAAGAAGAUGUGUUUGAAAAAGGAGUUAAACCCAGCGAAGCAACCGCUAAUAUUAAUGUGCAACCAGUUGAAGGAAUAUCCAUCUCUGAAGCCACUUUGGCCGUUAAGGAAGACACUCUAGCUCCAAUCACAAUGCCUUCUGAAAAGUUUGCGGUUAAAAACAUCGACGUAACUCACGCCGUUGCAGAACAGAGUACCAUAGAUUCCUCUGCUGAUAUCAAGAAAUUCGAAACCGCCAAACCUGAAACACAACAAGCCUCUGAAAAUGAAGAAGCCUUGUCAAGUUUGAUCAUUUCUGAAAACUUAGUUGAAGAGAAAGAGGCAGAAUUUGAAGGCAAAUUUGUUCCGGCUACAACAAAAGUGAAUGUAUCGUUGGAAGAGGGAAAGAAAGUUGUUUCGGUAAGUGAGUCUUUGACACAAGACAAGGAAGGUCUUGUGAAGGAAUUUGACUUACCAAAGUCUCAACAAGCCACUACUGGCUUUGACGCCAAACUAGUACCCGAGCAAACUCAAGUCGAGUCACAAACUCUCCCCGGUGAAUUGAGUCAUGAAGCUCCCACAACAUCAACAGCGUCUGUCAAACACACUACCUUCGAGGAGUUAAUUCAGUCGAUACCGAUAGUUCAAGAGAAGGAGGAAAGCCUCGAUCAAAAGAAAGAUUACGUGACUAAGAAAGCAGAGGUUGAAUUUGAAGAAGGUAAGAUUAUAUCGACGUCCGAAAUAAUUACUGCUGAACGAGAGAGUUCGUUGGAGGAACAACUCAAACCCGAAUCAAACACUGCUAGUGUUAAUGUAGUGAGUCACACUUCCAUGCAGAGCUCAGAAAUCUUAACUAGUAUGACUGUGGGUGACUUCGUGCCCGCUAUACCCAGUGAAGCUUCUGCUGUCCCCGAACAAAAUGUCUUAGAAGGGUUGACACAAAGAGUGACGGAAGUCCUCGACACCUUCGGACAAUUCGAAGGUACCUUUAAACCCGCAACGAAAACAGCGGACACCAAAAUCGACACUCUGACGGAAAUCACCACCAGUGAAACCUUCACAGAAGCACAAGCAGACGAGUUUACUAAAUUCGAAGCCAAAACUGAGAAAGCUACAACUGAGUACGACGCAACCAAGAGACCGUUGCAAGCUUCCGAAGUACUCACUAGUGAGAACGUAGCCGAGUUGAAACCUGAAGCCAAAGAGUCGGCUACUGGAAACGUAACUCAAAGUACUCUCGAAAGCGUCAUUCUUUCAGAAAGUAUAGUACACGAAUCGGAAAAAGAGUUUGAUAAGGUACCUGAUUUUGAUACAAAGAAGGCAAAACCAAGCAUUGACGAAAAAGCAUCAGUUACGAUUACUGACGUCACGACACAGGAGAAAGAAAAAGAGCUUGUCAGCGACUUUACAAAGGAGGAGAAGUUUGGCGUUUCUAAUAUAACGUUCGACUUGACUACAAGCUCCAAAACUGAAGUACUGCUUCAUGAGAACAUCGGCCAACUCACCAGUGACAAACCUAAAACGGAAACGGCUGAAGUCAGUGAAGGAACUCAGCAAAGCGUUAUUAUUUCAGAGCGAACUGUUCAAGAAACGGAAGUUCCGUUCUCUGAAACUCCUGUCGAAGGUAAAAAAGGUGACUUGACGGUAGUUCCGGCAACACACGUUUCCAUUACUGAAAUCACAGCAACUGAUAAGGAGACAGAAUUCGAAAAAACGGCCAUAUUUAAGACGAGUACAGCUGAACAAUCAAUUAGUGCUCAAGAGGCACCUCAAAUCCAGGAAACAACGGUCCAGGAAGGAGUGACUACUCUAACCACAGAAGUCCCCGAUAAAAGUCAAGCUUUACAGGAACAUGUACCCCACAGCACUGUCAGUAUUACUGAAAUUACGUCAACUGAAAAAGAAGGUGAUUUCAGAGACCUUGAAAAACCGGCAGGUCAGUUGGCUGCUUUCGAGCUUGAAGAAACCCGAAGAACAGCUUCAACCGCCCAAGUGAUCACACAAGAAAAGGAAAUUAGUUUCGAAGGGACUUUCAAAUUUACAACUUCAACAGCUGAGAAGAGCAUCACUUCUCAGGAGGCUCCUCUGAUUGAGGAAGUCACCACUGAAGAAGAUGUAACGAAACUGAAAACAGAUAUUCCUGAGCAAGAACAAGCUCUUCAGGAACAUAUCCCUCACACGACUGUCAGUAUUACGGAAAUCACGUCCACUGAGAAAGAAAGCGACUACAAACCAGGCGAUAAACCUACAACCUUCUCAGCUGAGAUGGAAUUAGAAGAGACACGAAAGACGGCAUCCACUGCUCAAGUUUUGACUCAAGAGAAAGAAAUCAUCUUUGAAGAAACCGUCAAAUUUAAGACCUCGAAAGCCGACAAAACAAUUAGUCCUCAAGAAGCUCCUUUAAUAGAAGAAGUAACCACGAGUGAAGACACCGGAAAGUUAACAACUGAAGUUCCUGAUAAAGUCGAAGCCCAAACGGAACACAUUCCACACACUACUGUUAGCAUCACCGAAAUAACGUCGACGGAAAAAGAAAGCGAUUAUAAACCAGGUGAUAAACCUACGACGCAAUCCGCUGAAUUUGAUUUGGAAGAAACUAGAAAAACUGCGUCCACUGCCGAAGUCAUUAUUCAAGAAAAGGAAAGUAGUUUCGAAGGAACUGUAACCUUCAAAACUAGCAAAGCCGAUAAAACGAUUACGCCUCAAGAAGCUCCAUUAGUGGAGGAAGUAACCACCAGUGAAGAUACCACAAAACUGACAACAGAGAAACCUGAAGGAGAACAAGCGUUACAAGAGCACAUUCCUCACUCUACAGUGAGUAUCACUGAAGUUACUUCAACUGAAAAAGAGAAGGAUUUCAAACCCGGAGAUAAACCAGCAACACAGCUUGCAGAGUUUGAGUUAGAAGAAACUAGAAAGACCGCUUCUACUGCUCAAGUUAUCACUCAAGAAAAAGAAUCAGUGUUUGAAGAAACUCAGAUUAAAUCAACGACAGCUGAUAGAAUAGUUAGUCCCCAGGAAGUUCCCUUGGUUGAAGAAACUCGAGUACAAGAAGACUUAGGCAGCCUGAAACCGGAAGUUCCAGACAAAGGAGAAGCUCUUUCGGAACAUGUACCCCAUUCAACUGUAAGCGUAACAGAAGUAACUUUAACCGAAAAGGAAGGAGUUUAUAAACCCGGAGACAAACCAGCGACACAAUUGGCAGGCUUGGAAUUGGAGAAAACACGAAAAACAGCUUCCACUGCCGAAGUUGUUGUAGAAGAAAAAGAAAGCACAUUUGAAGAGAAGGGUAUUACACCUUCUAAAGCUGAUAAAACCGUAAGCCCUCAAGAAGCUCCUCAAGUUCAAGAAACAACUGUGCAAGAGGAUGUCGGGAAAUUCAAGCCCGAAGUUCCGUCAACACAACUUGCAGAGUUCGAUUUGCAAGAAGGAAGAAAAGUCGGUCAAGAAACUCAAGUUAAAACUUACGAAACGUUUGAAGAGUUCACUGAAAGUGCUAGAGAUGUACGAAGAGCUUCUACGUUGACUAUCCCUCUAGAAGGUGUGGUUCAGAGUGAAGUGACAGUUCAAGGUACUACAGAGAAAAUAAAGACCGAAGAGACGACUUUCAGGACUGCCAGUGUGGACAUUCUUUUGAAGGAAGGUGUGACGGUGACCGAAGUCACCACACAAGGGCAAUUAGGUAAGGAAAUAACAGAAGCCCUGGCAAAGGAAUCCACAGCACAAGAAGAAAUAGUCCAUCGGCCGGUUUCCUUGAAAGAGGAAACUAUUCCACUUCAAACCAGUGAUGAGUUCACGACCGAAAAGCCAAAGUUAACGAAAGCUCAGAGCGACCUGACAGAAAAGCACGGGCUCAUAGUUACUGAAAUGAAGUCAACGGGCAAUUUGGAAGCGUUUGAUUUGGAAAAAACUUCUUCAAAGACUGUUAAAGUUGUAUUGGAGGAUAGUUCCGCGAGUUUGGAGAUAAGCGAAGUUCAGUUACAGGAGAAAGAAGGUCCGUUGGAUGAAACAGAACCACACAAAACACGAGCCAGAGUUACACAAACCACAUCUCUGACCCAAACAGCAGAGCAACACACCUCAGUUAUCCAACAAGAUGACACACCCAAGAGCCAUACAGAGGAAACACACGAAAUCAUUACCAAAUUUAAAUCUGUACCCGAUAGCGACGAAAUUACCCAAACUGUUACCAAAAAAACAAUUAUCAAAAAGCGCGGCAAAAAAACAGAAGAAGGUGACGUAAUUAUCGAAGAAGUCUUAGACGAAAUUGCGCCAGAAGAAAAAGCAAAGGUAAGUCCCGACAUCGAAGAAGUAACAGAAGAGUGGCCAGAAAUCGUUGAAGUUAAACCAGAAGUAGUAGAUGACACGGAAAUAACAAUCAAGAGACAAAAGAAGACCGAAAAGAAAAAGAAGGUUAUUACAGAAAAACGAGUUGUCGAAGAAGAGAAACCCAUAAUUCAAGAACUACCAGAAGAAGUACAGGAAGUAGAAGAAGAAACAGAUGGAAAAAUCACAAAGAAAAUCAUUAAACGUAGAAAGAUCCGCAAGAGCAAAGGCGGUAAGCAAGAAGAUACAGAAAUAUUAACAAUCGAAGAAGAAGGCAAAACACCCCAAGUAACUGUCACGGUUGAAGAAAUUGAAGUACCUGAAGAGGUACAAGAAUUACCAGAAUUUAAACCCGAAGAAGUACAAAUAGAAGAAGCACCCGAAGAAACACAGAUAAUAAAAACCACAUCACAAGAUGGUAUCACCAAAGUAAAAACUGUCAAACGUAAAGUGUACAAAAAACGCAAAGGUGACAAGAAAGAACAUACAGAAAUUGUCACCGUUGAGGAAGAAGGUGAAGAACCUGUUACUACAGUUACAGUCGAAGAGCUUCCAGCAGUUGAAGAAGUUCAGCCGCUUGAACCCGAAUACGUAGAAGAACUACCAACAGAAGUCCACAUAACAGAAUCGGUUACAGAUGAAGGAAAGUCGACGAAGACAACCGUCAAAAAAGUUAGACGCCGUAAGCACGGAAAGGAGGAAAAAACCGAAAUUGUGACCGUCGAAGAAGAAGGUGCAGAGCCUGUAACAAGUGUCGUAACUGAAGAAAUCGAAAUUCCGGAAGUUACGGAAGUAAAAGAAAAACGCAGAAAGAAAAUUAUCAAAAAGAUCAAACGAAGAGUUGGUGACAAAGAAGUAGUGGAAAUCGUCGAAGAGGAAGAAAAACCAGAACCUUUGGAACAAAUCGAAUUACAACCUGAACAAAUUGAGAUCACCGAACUAGAGCCUGUAGUAGAGGAAGUAAAAGAAAAACGCACGAAGAAAAUAAUCAAAAAGAUCAAACGUAAAGUAGGUGGCAAAGAAGUAGUUGAAAUUGUUGAAGAGGAAGAAAAACCGGAACCUUUGGAACAAAUCGAGCUACAGCCUGAAAUAAUAGAGGAAAUUGAACUUGGGCCCGUCAUCGAAGAAGGAAAACGUGUACGCAAAAAGAAGAUCAUCAAAAAGAUCAAACGAAGAGUUGGUGAUAAAGAGGAGGAAGAAAUUAUUGAAGAAGAAAAAACGGAACCUCUAGAACAAAUCGAAUUAGAGCCUGAAAUAAUUGAAGAAACUAGAUUAGAACCUGUAGUAGAAGAAGUGAAAGAAAAACGCACGAAGAAAAUAAUCAAAAAGAUCAAACGUAAAGUAGGUGGCAAAGAAGUAGUUGAAAUUGUCGAAGAGGAAGAAAAACCAGAACCUUUGGAACAAAUCGAGUUACAGCCUGAAAUUAUCGAGGAAAUUGAACUUGGGCCCGUCAUCGAAGAAGGAAAACGAGUACGCAAAAAGAAGAUCAUCAAAAAGAUCAAACGAAGAGUGGGUGAUCAGGAGGAGGAAGAAAUUAUCGAGGAGGAGAAAACAGAACCUCUCGAACAAAUCGAAUUACAACCUGAACAAAUUGAGAUAACCGAACUGCAGCCUGUAGUCGAGGAAGUAAAAGAAAAACGCACAAAGAAGAUAAUUAAAAAGAUCAAACGUAAAGUAGGUGGCAAAGAAGUAGUUGAAGUUGUUGAAGAGGAAGAAAAACCGGAACCUUUGGAACAAAUCGAAUUACAGCCUGAAAUAAUCGAAGAAAUUGAACUCGGCCCUGUCAUCGAAGAAGGAAAACGAGUACGCAAAAAGAAGAUUAUCAAAAAGAUCAAACGAAGAGUCGGUGAUCAGGAGGAAGAAGAAAUUGUCGAAGAGGAGAAAACUGAACCUCUCGAACAAAUCGAGUUACAACCGGAACAAAUUGAGAUCACCGAACUACAGCCUGUAGUAGAGGAAGUAAAAGAAAAACGCACAAAGAAAAUUAUCAAAAAGAUCAAACGUAAAGUAGGUGGCAAAGAAGUAGUUGAAGUUGUUGAAGAGGAAGAAAAACCGGAACCUUUGGAACAAAUUGAGUUACAACCUGAAAUAAUCGAGGAAAUUGAACUUGGACCCGUCAUCGAAGAAGGAAAACGCGUACGCAAAAAGAAGGUUAUCAAAAAGAUAAAACGAAGAGUCGGUGAUCAGGAGGAAGAAGAAAUUAUCGAGGAGGAAAAAACAGAACCUCUGGAACAAAUCGAAUUACAACCUGAACAAAUCGAGAUCACCGAACUACAACCUGUAGUAGAGGAAGUAAAAGAAAAACGGACCAAGAAAAUAAUUAAAAAGAUCAAACGUAAAGUAGGUGGCAAAGAAGUAGUUGAAGUUGUUGAAGAGAAAGAAAAACCGGAACCUUUGGAACAAAUCGAGUUACAGCCUGAAAUUAUCGAGGAAAUUGAACUUGGGCCCGUCAUCGAAGAAGGAAAACGUGUACGUAAAAAGAAGAUCAUCAAAAAGAUCAAACGAAGAGUGGGUGAUCAGGAGGAGGAAGAAAUUAUCGAGGAGGAGAAAACAGAACCUCUCGAACAAAUCGAAUUACAACCGGAACAAAUUGAAAUCACCGAACUGCAGCCUGUAGUCGAGGAAAUAAAAGAAAAACGCACAAAGAAAAUAAUUAAAAAGAUCAAACGUAAAGUAGGUGGCAAAGAAGUAGUUGAAGUUGUUGAAGAGGAAGAAAAACCAGAACCUUUGGAACAAAUCGAAUUACAGCCUGAAAUAAUCGAGGAAAUUGAACUCGGGCCUGUCAUCGAAGAAGGAAAACGAGUACGCAAAAAGAAGAUUAUCAAAAAGAUCAAACGAAGAGUCGGUGAUCAGGAGGAAGAAGAAAUUGUCGAAGAGGAGAAAACUGAACCUCUCGAACAAAUCGAAUUACAACCUGAACAAAUCGAGAUCACCGAACUACAGCCUGUAGUAGAGGAAGUCAAGGAAAAACGCACAAAGAAAAUAAUCAAAAAGAUCAAACGUAAAGUAGGUGGCAAAGAAGUAGUUGAAGUUGUUGAAGAGGAAGAAAAACCGGAACCUUUGGAACAAAUUGAGUUACAACCUGAAAUAAUCGAGGAAAUUGAACUUGGACCCGUCAUCGAAGAAGGAAAACGCGUACGCAAAAAGAAGAUUAUCAAAAAGAUAAAACGAAGAGUCGGUGAUCAGGAGGAAGAAGAAAUUAUCGAGGAGGAAAAAACAGAACCUCUGGAACAAAUCGAAUUACAACCUGAACAAAUCGAGAUCACCGAACUACAGCCUGUAGUAGAGGAAGUCAAGGAAAAACGCACAAAGAAAAUUAUCAAAAAGAUCAAACGUAAAGUAGGUGGCAAAGAAGUAGUUGAAGUUGUUGAAGAGGAAGAAAAACCGGAACCGUUGGAACAAUUUGAGUUACAACCUGAAAUAAUCGAGGAAAUUGAACUCGGCCCUGUCAUCGAAGAAGGAAAACGCGUACGCAAAAAGAAGAUUAUCAAAAAGAUAAAACGAAGAGUCGGUGAUCAAGAAGUGGAAGAAAUUGUCGAGGAGGAGAAAACGGAACCUCUCGAACAAAUCGAAUUACAACCUGAACAAAUUGAGAUCACCGAACUACAGCCUAUAGUAGAGGAAGUAAAAGAGAAACGCACGAAGAAAAUAAUCAAGAAGAUUAAACGUAAAGUAGGUGGCAAAGAAGUAGUUGAAAUUGUCGAAGAAGAAGAAAAACCGGAACCUUUAGAACAAAUUGAGUUACAACCUGAAAUAAUCGAGGAAAUUGAGCUCGGCCCUGUCAUUGAAGAAGGGAAACGCGUACGCAAAAAGAAGAUCAUCAAAAAGAUAAAACGAAGAGUCGGUGAUAAGGAGGAGGAAGAAAUUAUCGAGGAGGAAAAAACAGAACCUCUCGAACAGAUCGAAUUACAACCUGAACAAAUUGAGAUCAGCGAACUACAACCUGUAGUAGAAGAAGUAAAAGAAAAGCGUAAGAAAAAAAUCAUCAAAAAAAUCAUACGUAAAGUUGGUGACAAGGAAGUGGUAGAAAUCGUUGAAGAAAAGCCGGAACCACUCGAGGAAAUUGAGUUGCAACCCGAAAAAGUAGAAGAAGUUGAGUUGCAACCAGUUACCGAAGAAACAGAAGUUAAAGAGAAACGUAAGAAAAAGAUUACCAAAAAGGUUAAACGCAGAAUUGGUGACAAAGAAGUUGUGGAAGUCGUCGAAGAAGAAGAAAAACCAGAACCGUUAGAACAGCCAGAAAAGAUAUCUACAGAGGUUCACGUUACUGAGACAAUAACAGAAGAAGGACUACCACAGAAAACGACUGUUAAGAAAAUUCGUAAACGUAAAGGUGAUAAAGUGGAGAAAACCAAAAUUGUUACUGUUGAAGAAGCAGGUAAAGAACCUAAAACUUCUGUCACUGUUGAAGAAGUCAUCGAACCGGAACAAUUAGAAGAAUUGCCAGAAUUUAAACCAGAAAAAGUUUCCACCGAAACCGAAGUAGUCCAACAUGUAACCGAGGAAGGUAAACUUCUUAAAACCACAGUUAAAACUACCAAAAAGCGUAAAGGUAAAAAAGAAGAACGAACUAAAGUGGUCACAGUCGAAGAAGAAGGUAAAGAACCUCAAAGUUCAGUUACUGUAGAGGAAGUUAAUGUACCUGAAGAAGUUGAAGAACUACCCGAAUUUAAACCUGAGAGUGUUUUUACUACAACGGAAGUGGUCAAAGGUGUCACUGAAGAAGGUAAAGCGGUCAAAACCACAAUUAAAACUGUUAAAAAACGCAAAGGUAAAAAAGAGGAGAGGACUCAAACGGUCACUGUUGAGGAAGAAGGUAAAAAGCCUCAAACUUCAGUUACUGUUGAAGAAGUCAAUGUUCCUGAAGAAAUUGAAGAGUUACCUGAAUUUAAACCGGAAAAGGUUUCUACACAAACUGAAGUCGUUCAAAGUGUCACUGACGAAGGCAAAGCCGUUAAAACCACAAUUAAAACCAUCAAGAAACGUAAAGGUAAAAAAGAAGAAAAAACGAAAAUAGUUACGGUUGAAGAAGAAGGCAAAAAGCCUAAAACAUCAGUUACUGUUGAGGAAGUCAAUGUACCUGAAGAAAUUGAAGAGUUACCUGAAUUUAAACCGGAAAAAGUCUCUACACAAACUGAAAUCGUUCAGAGUGUCACUGACGAAGGCAAAGCCGUUAAAACCACAAUUAAAACUGUCAAGAAACGCAAAGGUAAAAAAGAAGAAAAAACUAAAAUUGUUACGGUUGAAGAAGAAGGUAAAGAACCGAAAACCUCAGUUGUUACAGAAGAAGUCAUUGUUCCUGAGGAAAUUGAGGAAAUUCCAGAUUUUAAACCAGGAAAAAUUUUCACGGAAACUUUCGUUACAGAAAGUGUUUCUGAAGAAGGCAAACCUGUGAAAACAACCGUUAGGAAAGUGAAGAAACGUAAAGGACGUAAGGAAGAACGAACAGAAUUUGUUACAGUAGAAGAAGAAGGUAAAGAACCUAUAACUGAAAUUUCUGUACAGGAAAUCGAAGUGCCAGCAGAAGAAAUUGAGGAAAUACCAGAAAAAAUAUCAACCGAAACUUAUGUCACAGAAACAACGGACGAGGGUAAACCAACAAAAACAAUUGUUAAGAAAAUCAAAAAACGUAAAGGUGACAAACAACAAACGACCAAAAUUGUAACAGAGGAAAAAGAAGGCGAAGAGCCCAAAACUACUGUAACAAUUGAGGAGAUUCCUGUGGAAGAAGUUACAGAGCAAUUACCAGAAAUGAAACCUGAAGAAAUAUCUACUGAAACAUAUGUCACAGAAUCAGUAACAAAAGACGGUAAACCAAAGAAAACAAUUGUAAAGAAAAUUAAGAAACGUAAAGAUGGUAAAGAGCACAGGACAGAAAUUGUAACUGUUGAAGAAGAAGGUAAAAAACCUAAAGAGACUGUGACAACAGAAGAAGUUCCAAUCGAAGAACCAUUGGAGGAACUACCUGAAUUUAAGCCCGAAAGCGUUUCCACAGAAACUUCAGUUACAGAAUCAGUAACGCAAGAAGGCAAGAAAACUAUUGUAAAGAAAAUUAAGAAACGUCAACAUGGUAAAGAAGAAAGGACAGAAAUUGUAACCGUUCAGGAGGAAGGAAAAGAACCUGUGGUAACUGUUUCUGUUGAAGAGGUUCCGCUUGAAGAAAUAAAACCGGAGGUUGAGGAGCCGAAAGAACCGAAAAAGAAAGUUAAGAAACCAAAGAAACCGAAAGAGGAAAAAGAAGAACCAGAGAAGAUAUUAUUUGUUCCUCUUAUUGAACAGAAAAAGAAAGAAAAGCAAGGAGAUGUUUUAGACAUGAUACAGGCGGAACUUUUGAAAAAGGCAUUGGGACACGAGUUGCCAGAGCGAAAGCCAGAGGAGGAAACUGUUGAAACUCAUGUCACUGAAAGUACAACUGAUAAAGGAAAAACUAAGAAAACAAUUGUGAAGAAAGUUAAAAAACGUAAAGGCGACAAAGUUGAAAAAACAGAAACAGUAACUGUCCAAGAAGAAGGUGAGGAACCUACUACAACAGUAACAGUGGAAGAAACACCAGUAAUAGAAGAAGUACAGGAAUUACCAGAGUUUAAACCUGAACAAGUAUCAACUGAAACUUUCGUAACAGAAUCAGUAACUGAGGAAGGCAAACCUGUGAAAACUAUUGUGAAGAAGAUUAAAAAGCGUAAGCGUGGUAAGGAAGAAAGGACGGAAAUUGUGACUGUAGAAGAGGAAGGUGAGAAACCUAAAACAACAGUGACCGUCGAAGAAGUACCUGUUGUAGAAGAGGUACAGGAAUUACCUGAGUUCAAACCUGAACAAGUAUCAACUGAGACAGUAGUGACCGAAUCAGUAACUGAAGAAGGCAAACCAGUGAAAACUAUUGUGAAGAAGAUCAAAAAGCGUAAGCGUGGUAAAGAAGAAAGAACGGAAAUUGUGACUGUCGAAGAAGAAGGUGAGAAACCUAAAACAACAGUAACCGUCGAGGAAAUACCUAUUGUGGAAGAAGUAGAAGAGUUACCUGAGUUUAAACCUGAACAAGUAUCAACUGAGACAUUUGUAACUGAAUCAGUAACUGAAGAAGGCAAACCUGUGAAAACUAUUGUGAAGAAGAUCAAAAAGCGUAAGCGUGGUAAAGAAGAAAGAACGGAAAUUGUGACUGUUGAAGAGGAAGGUGAGAAGCCUAAAACAACAGUGACCGUCGAAGAAGUACCUAUUGUAGAAGAGGUAGAGGAAUUACCUGAAUUUAAACCUGAACAGGUAUCAACUGAGACAGUCGUAACCGAAUCAGUAACUGAAGAAGGCAAACCAGUGAAAACUAUUGUGAAGAAGAUCAAAAAGCGUAAGCGUGGUAAAGAAGAAAGAACGGAAAUUGUGACUGUCGAAGAGGAAGGUGAGAAGCCUAAAACAACAGUGACCGUCGAAGAAGUACCUGUUGUAGAAGAGGUAAAGGAAUUACCUGAAUUUAAACCUGAACAGGUAUCAACUGAGACAGUCGUAACCGAAUCAGUAACUGAAGAAGGCAAACCCGUCAAAACUAUUGUAAAGAAGAUCAAAAAGCGUAAGCGUGGUAAAGAAGAAAGAACGGAAAUUGUGACUGUAGAAGAGGAAGGUGAGAAACCUAAAACAACAGUGACCGUCGAAGAAGUACCUGUUGUCGAAGAGGUACAGGCAUUACCUGAGUUCAAACCGGAACAAGUAUCAACUGAGACAGUCGUAACCGAAUCAGUAACUGAAGAAGGCAAACCCGUCAAAACUAUUGUAAAGAAGAUCAAAAAACGUAAGCGUGGUAAAGAAGAAAGGACGGAAAUUGUAACUGUCGAAGAAGAAGGUGAGAAACCUAAAACAACAGUAACCGUCGAGGAAAUACCUGUUGUAGAAGAAGUAGAGGAAUUACCUGAGUUUAAACCUGAACAAGUAUCAACUGAGACAUUUGUAACUGAGUCAGUAACUGAAGAAGGCAAAGCAGUGAAAACUAUUGUAAAGAAAAUUAAGAAGCGUAAGCGUGGUAAAGAAGAAAGGACAGAAAUUGUGACUGUCGAAGAAGAAGGUGAGAAACCUAAAACUACAGUGACGGUCGAAGAAAUACCUGUUGUAGAAGAGGUAGAGGAAUUACCUGAAUUUAAACCUGAACAAGUAUCAACCGAGACUGUCGUAACCGAAUCGGUAACUGAGGAAGGCAAACCCGUGAAAACUAUUGUAAAGAAAAUUAAGAAGCGUAAGCGUGGUAAAGAAGAAAGGACGGAAAUUGUGACUGUCGAAGAAGAAGGUGAGAAACCUAAAACAACAGUGACCGUCCAGGAAAUACCUGUUGUAGAAGAAGUAGAGGAAUUACCUGAGUUUAAACCUGAACAAGUAUCAACUGAAACUGUUGUAACCGAAUCAGUAACUGAAGAAGGCAAACCAGUGAAAACUAUUAUAAAGAAAAUCAAAAAACGUAAGCAUGGUAAAGAAGAAAAAACGGAAAUUGUCACCGUCGAGGAAGAAGGUAAAGAACCGGAAGUAACAGUUUCCGUAGAAGAAACGGAAAUACCAGAAGUUGCUGAAGAGGAACCAAAGGAACCUAAAAAGAAAAUCAAAAAGGUAAAGAAACCUAAAGAAGAAAAAAUAUUAUUCGUUCCUUUGAUUGAAGAGAAAAAGAAAGAACAAGAAGAAGAACCACAGGGAGAUGUGAUAGAAAUGAUUCAAACCGAACUACUGAAAAAAGCUUUGGCGCAUCAACUGCCUGAAAUGCCAUCUACGGAAGAAACAGAAACGUUUGAGACUGUAACUGAAGAGGGUAAAGCAAAGAAAACUACAAUAAAGAAAAUUAAAAAGCGUAAAGGUGACAAAGAACAACGAACUGAAAUCGUGACAGUGGAAGAAGAAGGUAAACCUCAAGAAACGACAGUUACGACGGCGGAAAUUCCAAUUCAAGAAGCGAUUGAAGAAAUUCCUGAAUUUAAAGAAGCUAUUUCUACAGAAACUCAUGUGACUGAAACUGUGAGUAAAACAGGCAAACCCACAAAAACCAUAGUUAAGAAAAUAAAGAAACAUAAGGGUGCUAAAGUGGAAAAAACUGAAAUCGUGACAGUUGAAGAAGAGGGUGAGAAACCAAAAACUACGGUUUCUGUUGAAGAGUACGACGUUCCUGAAAAGCUAGAAGAAAUACCAACCAUUGUUCCAGAGAAACCAGAUUUCGUAGAAGAGUUACCUGCAGAAGUUCAAGUUAUCGAAACCGUAACUCCCAGUGGUAAACACAAGAAGACGAUUGUUAGAAAACUGAAGAAGCGCAAAGGCGACAAAAUUGAACAAACUGAAAUAGUAACAACUGAAGAAGUAGGCAAGAAGCCUACGACAACCGUUUCAGUCGAAGAAAUCGAAGCCCCUGAAGAAUUAGAAGAAAUUCCAGCGAUCAAGCAAGAAGAACCUCGAUAUGUUGAAGAACUCCCAGUUGAAAUCCAAGUCACUGAAACCAAAACGAAAGAGGGUAAACCCCGGAAAACAAUUGUUAAGAAAAUCAAGAGGCGCAAAGAUGGAAAAAUAGAGGAAACAAAAGUCACGCGAGUGGAAGAGGAAGGUAAAACGCCACAGACUACUGUUCUUAUUGAAGAAACUGAAAUACCCGAAACACCAGAUCUAAAGGAAGCCAAAAUUUCCACUGAAAUACAAGUAGUGGAAACGAUCAGCGAGGAAGGUAAGCCCAAGAAAACAAUCACAAAGAAAAUAAAGAAACGUAAAGAUGGUAAAGAGGUAAAGACCGAAACUGUGACAGUGGAAGAAGAAGGAAAGAAACCGAAAACAACAGUUAUUGUUGAUGAUUUCGAAGAAUGCCAAGAUCUAGAGAUCGAAAAAUUAGAACCUGAAAAAGUGGAUCAUAUUGUUGAAUUGCCUGUUGAAAUACAAGUUACAGAAACGGUAACUAAAGAGGGUAAGCCUAGAAAAACGACCGUGAAAAAGCUUCGCAGACGCAAAGGUGACAAAGUUGAGAAAACAGAAAUUGUGACAGUAGAAGAAGAGGGUAAAAAGCCUACAACUACGGUAUGUAUUGAAGAGGUUCCAGAUGAAACUGAAGAAAUGCCAGAAACGAAACCAGACUACAUCGAAAUAUUACCAGUGGAGGUACAGGUAAGUGAAGCGGUAACUGAAGAAGGUAGUUCUAAAAAAACCAUUAUUAAGAACAUUAAACGGCGUAAAGGUAGUAAAAUUGAAAAAACAAAAGUAGUAACUGUAGAAGAAGAAGGUAAACAACCUGAAGUUACGGUAUCAGUUGAAGAAUCUGAAACACCUGAAGAAUUGCAGCCGGAAAAAGUUUCGACUGAAAUAGAAGUCACCGAAACAGUCACUAAAGAAGGUAAGCCUAGAAAAACUACAAUCAAAAAGACGAAUAAACGUAGAGGAAGUAAGGUAGAGAUUUCACAAACUGUAACAGUAGAAGAAGUAGGGGAGAAACCGCAAACGACCGUAUCGAUUGAAGAAAUCGACGUUCCUGAAGAAAUUCAAGAAAUACCUGCACUUCCGUUUGAAACACCUGAUUACAUAGAAGAACUUCCUGCUGAAGUGGUAGUAACUGAAACCAUCACGAAAGACGGUAAACGACAAAAAACCACAGUUAGAAAAGUAAGAAAACCCAAAGGGUUGAAAGAAGAAAGAACAAAAGUUGUAACAGUGGAAGAAGAAGGUGAAGAACCUGUAACUAGCAUCCUUGUUGAAGAAGGACCAGUUGCUGAAAAACCGGAAGAAAUCACAAAACCACUUGAAAAAUUACCGAUAGAAGUCACAGUUACGCAAACGGUAAGUAGUGAAGGCAAACCUAGAAAAACCACGACCAAAAAAAUAAAACGUCGCCAUGGUAACAAGGAAGAAAUUACAGCAAUUGUCACAACAGAGGAAGAAGGAAAGGAACCGCAAACGACGGUCGCGAUUGAAGAAAUAAACCUACCUGAAGAGAUUGAACUUUUGCCCGAAAAACCAACAGUAAUCGAAGAACUUCCAACUGAAAUUAAAGUAACCGAAUCUAUAGGCAAAGAUGGAAGACCCACUCGAAAAACAGUGAAAGUGCGACGUCUGCGUAAACGCAAAGGUAGUAAACAAGAGGACACCCAGAUUGUAACAGUGGAAGAAGAAGGUAAAAAACCUGUGACAAGUGUCACUGUGGAAGAAACUGAAAUUCCGGAAACAGUUCAAGAAAUACCUGAAAUCAAACCAGAGGAAGCUGUAUACCUAGAGGAAUUGCCUACGGAGGUACAAGUUACCGAAACUAUAACUAAGGAAGGCAAACCUAAACGAAAAAUUGUUAAAACCCGGAAACUCCGUAAACGCAAAGGUAGCAAACAGGAAACCACUGAGAUUGUAACAGUCGAAGAAGAAGGCAAACAACCACAAUUUUCUGUGUGUGUUGAAGAAAUCGACGCACCGGAGGAAUACCAAGAAAUUGCAGAUAUUGUACCACUUGAACCAACUUACAUUGAAGAACUUCCAACGGAAAUCAAGGUUACCGAAGUUAUAACCAAAGAAGGUAAACCGAAAAAGAAAACUGUAAAAAUUAGAAAAAUUAGAAAGCGUAGAGGCAGCAAACAAGAGGAUACUCAAAUUGUGACAGUUGAGGAGGAGGGAAAACCUACGGAGACUAUAGUAUCGGUGGAGGAAACCGAAAUUCCUGAACAAUUACUAGAAAGCGUUAAACCAUCCGAAGUUCUGAUAGAAGAACUGCCUCAAGAAGUGCAAAUAAUAGAAACGACCACUCCUGACGGUACAACUAAAAAGCAAAAAGUUAAAACACGUACUAUUAAAAAGCAAAAAGGUGAUAAAGAAGAACAAACAAAAAUUGUUACUGUAGAGGAAGAAGGAAAAGAACCUGAAAUAACAGUAACGAUUGAAGAAAGUGAAGUUCCAGGUAAACCUACGAAGAAAAAAGUUAAAAAACCAAAGAAACCAAAAGAAGAAAAGCCAAGCGAAGGCGAAAAAAUAUUAUUUGUACCAACGUUGGCACAAAAAGAGCAGGAAGGAGAUGUUGUAGGAAUGAUUCAAGUCGAGCUCCUCAAAAAAGCAUUAGCUCAUGAUUUACCAGAAAGGCCACAAGAAGAAGUAAUUGAACUUCCAGAAAUCAGUGCCGUUGAGGAAUUACCUGAGGAAGUAAUACAAGUUGAAGAAAUCGACAAGAAAGGGGUUCCGGUACAAAAAACAAUCAAAAAACGUACAAUUAAAAAGAAAAAGGGCGAUAAACUAGAAAUAACAAAAAUUGUCACAACAGAAAAAGAGGGUGAAACUCCAGAAACUACUAUAAGUACGGAAGAAGUAGAUAAAGAUAACGAAUUGUAUCAGCAACCUGGAGUACCCCUUACAGAAUUACCUGAAGAUGAAGAGGUUAUUGAAAUCAGUACAAGUGAUAACGUGCCAAAGAAAAAGGUCACAAAAAAGAAAACUUUGCUGAAAAAAGUGGGUCCGAAAACAGAAGCUACUGAAAUUGUGACUGUCCUCGAAGACGAUAAAAAGCCAGAACAAACAGUCACGGUGAAAGAAUAUCCAUCCAAACCUAAAAAGAUUAUUAAAAAGGUGAAAAAAGACAAACCGAAACCGGAUGGUGCAGAAACAACAGAAAAACCUCAACCUAUGACACUAGAAAUUAUUAAAAUGGAACCCACAAAAGUAAAAAUAGUCAGCAAAGAAGAAAUACCUCUAUUAAGUCAAUUAAAGAAACCUAAAAGGGCACCAAAGAAAGAACUAAAAACUGUUAAAUUCCCCAAGGUUCGUUUAACGAGCAGAAUCGUACGAAUUACUUUCCCACCAGAAUCUGAGCAAGAACAAACACCAGUUAUCACUCAGCGCAAGCGUGACCUUAAAGAUCACGGCGAACUUUCUAGAAAUGUGAAAGAAGCAGAACAAGUCUUAAAGAAAAAGAAAUUUAAAGUAAAAGAUAUUGAGAAAUUCGUUGCUGAUUUGGAAACACCCGAGGACACAGAACUUCCCGAAAAAACAAAAAUUAAAAAAGAUAAACCGAAAGAAAAAUACGAAAGAAAACCUAAACCCUCACCGGAAGACGAGGAACAACCGGAAAAAUUAAAAAUUGGCAAAGGCCAAAUACCUAAACAAGACGAUGAACAAGAAAUCGUCAAACUCAAAAAAGUACCUGAAAAACCUGGGGAAGAAAAACCAGAGAUACCCGGAAAGGCUAAACCGAAGCCCAAACCGGAACAGAAACCUAAAGAGGAGAAACCUGAAGAUGAAACUGAUCGAAUCAAAUUUAAGCCCUAUGAUAUUGAUGUGCCUGAUACGGAACUUGAGAAACCAGAAAAAAUCGAUCAUGAUAAAGAAAAAGACGAUAAAGAGAAACCGAAGGGUAAAUAUAAACCUAAAAAGAAAGAAAAGGCGGAACCCGAAAAAACAGAAACUCCGUUAAUUAAAGGUAAACCUAAGGAAAAACCGGACGAAGAAGUUGAGGAUAUUAAAUUAAAAUAUAAACAAAAACCGAAACCUGACGAAGAACCAGAGACUAUUAAACUAAAACCGUGGAAAAAGGAACGUGAUGAUGAAGUCACUCCAGUUAAACUGUUAGAUAAAAUAGAAUUCAAAGUACCAAAAGUGUCAUAUAUUGAAGAAUUUCCGGAAAAAGAAGAAGUGAUUGAGGAAAUAGUUGACCAAAAGCCUAAAAAGAAAAGAGUAAAGACAAGAGUACUGAAACGAGAUUUAGGUGAUAAAAAAGAAAUUACUGAGAUUGUUACAGUACAAGAGGAUGAUAAAAAACCACAAACAACAAUUAUUACUACAGUUGAACCCACUGAAGAAAAACCCCUUGAAGCUCCCAAAGUUGAAAAGAGAAUUAUUCCAACCAUAGUAAUAGAAUUACCAGAGGAAAUUAAAGAAACGGAGGAGGAAACUCAAAAGGGAAAAGUAAUAAAGAGAGUUAUUAAAAAGAAAGUAAUUAAAAAACGAGUAGGACCUAUCGAGGAGGUGAUCAACAUUGAAACCGUAGAAAUAGAAGGUAAAGAACCAGAAAUUAAAGUAACGGUCGAAGAAGUUAUAUCUGAUGAACUUCCUGAACUUACCGAAGGAGUAGUUAUUGAAGAACUUCCAGAAAAAGUCGAGGAAGUUGAGGAAGAGGUUAGAGGCAAAAUCAAAAAGAAGAAAAUCAGAAAGCGCGUCUUUAAAAAGGACGACGAAGGCAAGAAAGAAAUUACUGAAAUCGUUUCAGUUGAAGAUGACGAAAAGCCUGAAAUCACAGCCUCUAUCGUAGUCCCUGAUUCCUCCAACACUGUCAUAGUUGAGUUUCCAGAAGAAACUGAAAUAACUGAAAUUCGCAGAAAGAAGAAAAUUAAAACAAAACGUACUAUCAAAAAACAAAUCGGCCCCAUGCAGGAAAUCACUAGAAUUGAAACCGAAGAAGUGGAAGGUAAAGAACCAGAGACUUCUGUUACGAUAGAGGAAAUUAUCGCAGACGAUAUUCCUCAAAUCACUGAAGCAAAACCUGUUGAAGAAUUACCAGAAAAAGAAAUAAUAGUUGAGGAGGAAGUUAAAGGUAAAAUAAGAAGAAAGAAGAUCAAAAAGAGAGUCAUCAAGAAGGAUGUAGACGGUAAACAAGAAAUUACCGAAAUUGUUACAACAGAAGAGGAUGACAAAAUACCAGAAGUCACUGUCACGACAGUCGUUCACGACAUUUCUGCCACGGAACCUUCUGAAGAAGAAACGAAACCACUUGAACCGCAAAAACGAAAACCGAAGAAAGUAACCCCGACAAUUGUAGAACUGCCUGAGGAGGUUACAGUUACUGAAGUCAAAAUAGAAGAUGCUCCCUCUAAAAAGGUUACUAAAAAAGUGAGAACAAUUAAGAAGCAAAUUGGUCCUAUUCAAGAAAUUACAAGGAUUGAAACAGCUACUGAAGAAGAUAACGAACCCGAAACGACUGUUACAAUCGAAGAAAUAAUAGCUGACGAAACUCCUGAAUUUGUUGAAGCUAAACCUGUGGAGGAAUUACCCGAAAAAGUACAAGUUGUUGAAGAAAUAGUUGAAGGAAAAAUAAAAAGAAAGAAAAUCAAGAAGAAAGUAAUUAAAAAAGAGAAUGGCCAAGGUCAAAAAGAGAUUACUGAAAUUGUGACAAUAGAAGAAGAGGGGAAGGUACCUGAAAGGGUUGUCACAACUAUAAUCCCCGAUGUUUCAACAAUCGAUGAAGAGACGGCUAAACCACUUGACACAAAAGAAACGCCUAAGAAAAAAGUGAAACCUACAGUAGUUGAACUACCGGAAGAAGUAAAAGUUACUGAGGUAGUAACUAAGAAAGGUCCUACCAAGAAAGUAACUAAAACUCGAAUAAUCAAAAAACAAACAGGACCGAUUGAGGAAAUUACAAAAAUAGAAACGAUCGAAGAAGAAGGAAAAGAACCCGAGUCUGUAAUUACUGUAGAGGAAAAAAUUUCAGACGAAGUAUCUGAAAUUAUCGAAGCUCAACCUGUCGAAGAGCACGAAAAAGAAGAAGUAGUACAUGAAAAAGUUGGUGACAAAGUCAAAACGAAGAAAAUUAAAAAGCGAAUUCUGAAAAAGAUUGUUGACGGUAAACCAGAUGUUACUGAAAUUGUAACCAUAGAAGAAGACGACGAAAAACCAAAGACCAUUGUCACAAAAUUGCAUGACGUUAAAAGUAUUGAAGAUGAAAUCAGUAAAAUGUUUGAACCAGAAAAGGUCAAACCUAAACAGGCUAAACCAGUAAUCGUCGAACUACCGGAAGAAAUUAAAGUUACUGAAGUGAAAACAAGGAAAGGGCCUGUUAAGAAAACUACCAAGACAAGGGUAAUUAAAAAACAAACGGACAAUGUACAAGAAAUCACGAAAAUUGAAACCGCCGAAGUGGAAGGUAAAGAGCCAAAAACCACUGUAACAAUCGAAGAAAUUGUAACCGACGAGGUGCUUCCUCUUCAAGAAGCCACAGUUGUGGAGGAAUUGCCAGAAAAAGUAGAUAUUGUAGAAGAAGUAGACAGAGGCAAGAAAAUAACGAAGAAAAUUAAAAAACGUGUUUUCAAAACGGAUAAAGAUGGCAAACAAGAAAUUACAGAAAUUGUAACUGUUGAAGAAGACGAUAAAUUACCCCAAACCACUGUUACAACUCUAAUUCACGAUACUUCCACUGUUCAGCCGCUUGAGGAGGAAACAACAGAGCCUCACGAGCCUAGUAAAACUAAACCCAAGAAAAUUAAACCCACUGUAGUGGAAAUGCCUGAAGUGAAAGUGACCGAAGUCACUACAAAGGAAGGAAAACCUGUUAAGAAAACAGUUACAAAGAAAGUCAUUAAGAAACAAAUCGGUCCGAUUCAGGAAAUUACCAAAAUUGAAACAACAGAGGAGGCAGGUGAAGAACCUAUAACCACUGUUACCGUUGAAGAAAUUAUUGCGGAUGAACCCCUUGUUACCGAAGAAAUUAAAGCAAUUGAAGAAUUACCAGAAAAAGUCGACGUUGUUGAAGAAGUUGUAAUGGGUAAAAUAAAAACAAAGAAAAUUAAAAAGCGCGUACUUAAAAAAGACAAAGAUGGAAGACAAGAAAUAACAGAAAUAGUUACGAUUGAAGAGGAUGACCAAAAACCUCAAACCACUGUUACAACACUGGUUCACGACAUUUCUAGCGUUCAACCGCUUGAAGAAGAAACGAAACCUCGUGACGUUGAAAAAACGAAGCCUAAGAAAAUUAAACCUACUAUAGUGGAAUUGCCUGAAGUAAAGGUCACCGAAGUCGUCACAAAACAAGGAAAACCCGUUGAGAAAACAGUUACGAAGAAAGUCAUCAAAAAACAAAUAGGACCAAUUCAAGAAAUCACUAAAAUAGAGACAGCAGAAGAAGAAGGUGAAGAACCUGUUACUACUGUUACAGUUGAAGAAAUUAUUGCAGACGAACCAAUCGUUACGGAAGAAGCUACAGUAGUUGAAGAACUACCACAAAAGGUUGACGUUAUUGAAGAAACUGUAAUGGGUAAAGUAACAACAAAGAAAGUUAAAAAGCGCGUUAUCAAAAAAGAUAAAGAUGGAAAGCAAGAAAUAACAGAAAUAGUUACAAUUGAAGAGGAUAAUCAGAAACCUCAAACCACUGUUACAACACUGAUUCAUGACAUUUCCAGCGUUCAACCACUUGAGGAAGAAACAAAACCGCACGAGGGAGAACCUCUUAAACCUGAACAAGCCAAACCAAAGAAAAUCAAACCAACAAUUAUUGAAUUACCGGAAGAGGUUGAAGUUACUGAAGUACAAACUCAAGAAGGCUUACCCAAAAAGAAAACGGUGACUAAAAAAGUGAUCAAAAAGCAAACGGGUCCCAUUCAAGAGGUGACCAAAAUUGAAACUACUGAGGAAGAAGGUAAAGAACCUGAAACUAAAGUGACUGUUGAAGAAUUUAUAGCUGAAGAGCUUCCUGACGUUGCGGAAGCGACGAUCGUUGAAGAACUACCCGAAAAAGUUGACGUAGUAGAAGAAAUAGUGGGAGAUAAAAUUCAAAAGAGAAAAGUUAAGAAACGGGUAAUAAAGAAAGACAAAGAUGGUAAACAAGAAAUUACAGAGAUUGUAACCAUUGAAGAAACAGACAAAAAACCUAAAUCUACAGUUACUACUUUAGUCCAUGAUAUUUCUUCAGAAGGUCCAAUUGAACAAGAAUCUUUCACUUCAUUUGAACCCGAUAAGAGACAACCAAAGAAAGUUAAACCCAUAAUAGUUGAACUUCCGGAGGAAGUUAAAGUAACGGAAGUAAUAACUGAACAAGGGCCUGUGCAAAAGGUCACCACGAAAAGAGUAAUUAAAAAACAAAUCGGUCCGAUACAAGAAAUAACCAAAAUUGAAACCGCAGAAAUAGAGGAUCAGGAGCCUGAAACAACUGUUACAGUUGAAGAAUUUAUUACAGAUGAAAUACCUGAAAUCAAAGAGGCUCAAGUAAUUGAAGAAAAGGAAGAAGUCGAAGUAUUAAAGGAAAAGGUAGGUGAUAAAGUGAAAGUAAAGAAAGUUAAAAAGCGCACCAUAACAAAAGAAGUUGAUGGUAAACCUGAAGUUACAGAAAUUAUUACUAUACAAGAAGAUGAUAAAAAACCUAAGACUACUGUAAAGACUAGAACGCACGAUAUUGUCACUGCAGAACCACUGACAGAAAGUGUUCAACCAUUCGAACCUGAAAAGAUCAAGAAAAAGAAAAUUCAGCCCACGAUAGUCGAACUACCUGAAGAAGUAAAAGUUACCGAAAUUAUUACAGAGAGAGGACCGAUAGAGAAAGUAACAACAAAAAGAGUCAUUAAAAAACAAAUUGGGCCUGUACAAGAAAUCACUAAAAUUGAAACAACUACCGAGGAAGACCAACCUCCUGAAACUACAGUUACAAUUGAAGAAAUUGUAUCUGACGACAUACCGGAAAUAAUCGAAGCCAAACCUGUAGAAGAAGUCGAGAAAGUUGAUAUCGAAGAAAAAGUAGUCGAUGGCAAAGUGAAAAAGGUAAAGACUAAAAAACGUAUCAUUAAAAAAGAUAACGCCGAUGGUAAACAACAAAUUACUGAAAUUGUUACCGUUGAAGAAGAUAACAAAGAACCUCAAACUACUGUCACAACUAUCUUACAUGACACAUCGACCAUUGAACCAAUAGCUGAAGAAAUGCUUAAAGCGUUUAAACCAGAAAAGACAAAACCUGAAACUGUUACUCCAACAAUAAUUGAAUUUCCUGAAGAAGUUACAGUUACUGAAAUAACAACACAACAAGGCGUACCCUCUAAAAAAGUUACCAAAAAGAAGAUCAUCAAAAAACAGGUAGGUCCUGUCGAGGAAAUAACAAACAUCGAAACCACUCAGGAAGGCGAUGAAGAACCGAAAACCACAAUUACGAUUAUCGAAUUAGUUCCGGAUGAACUUCCGAAAUUUAUCGAACUUAAGCCAACUGAAGAGCUUCCGGAAAAAGUCGAAGUAAGUGAAGAAGUGGUUGACGGUAAGAUCAAGAAGAAAAAAAUUAAGAAACAAGUCACCAAACGGGAUGUAGACGGUAAACCUGAAAUCACAGAAGUAAUUACUGUACAAGAAGAUGACAAAUUACCCGAAAUAACUGUUAAUAUUUACACAUCUUACAACAAUUUCACAGAACCACUGAAACUUGAAACUGUCACAGACUUCGAUCAAACACCUGGUAUACCACAACGUAUAACUCCUAGUCUGACACCUCACACAACCACAAAAACCACUACAGAAGUACACACGCUAGAACAUACAACAGAAACACCACUAGGUGAGGUAACAGAACAAGCAAUUACCGCUAAAGGAGAAGUAGUAACUGAGAUUAAAGAACCAGUUAUUGUGGAAACUGUCGAAACCCAAAAACCAAUCGACGGUUACAAGCCGGAAGAAAAAGAAGCUCCCAAAGAAAAGAAAAAGGUAAAGAAACCAAAACCAAAGAAACCAGAAGAGAAACCCCUGAUCGAAGAAGUGGCCGAUGAAGAAGAAGAAGAAGCUGCCCCAGAACAAACAACCGAAUUAAAGGAAACUGGUAGGAAAGUAGAGAAAAUAAGGAAAGUGAAAACACAUGAAAUAGAAUUCCAAGAAGCGGUUGUUGAGGAGAUAACAACGAAACAAGAAAAGAAACCGAAGAAGAAAGUCAAAGUCCCAGCUGAAGAGAAACUCCCCGAAGAGGAGGUCACCGAAGAAAUUAUUGACGAAUUCGGAAGGAAAAAGGUUAUUAUUCGAAAGGUCAAAACCGAAGAAAAACACUUCCAAGAAGCGGUAGUCGAGGAAGUUAAGGCGCUCGAAGAUGUCACUGAAGAAGAAAAACCUGUAGUAGAAGAACCUACACCAGAAAAGCCCAAAAAGAAAGUUAAGAAACCUAAACCACAAGAAGAAGUUCCUCAAGAACCUGAAAUUGAAGAGGUGGAAGAAGAAAAACCAGUGGAAGAAGCUCCUGAAGAAAAAGAGGUUCCUGGUGAGAAAAAGAAAAAGAAAAGGAAGGUUAAACCUGAAGAAAAGCCGGUGGAAGAACCAGUUGUCGAAGAGGAAAAACCUGAAGAAAAAGCUCCAGAAGAAAUUAAGAAACCGGGCUUGCGCAAACAGAAAUCCGUUCUCAUGAAAAUUGAACACGUGGAACAAGAACAACCCAGCAAAUCCAAAAUCGUACCAGUUAAGGACCUUCCUCAACAUUUUGCAGAGAUUAAGCUUCGUAAGCCAAAGGCUCCUGCAAAGAAAGAUGUUCCGAAGACCAAAAUACCAAAAAUGCGACUCAAGAGUCGCAUAGAAUUUAUAGAAUUUCCCUCUCAGACUGAGAAAGAACAACUUCCAGUUAUUAGUGAAUUAGAACCAGUUUAUAGAGACAAUGGUGUUAUAUCAAGGAACAUCAAAGAGGCGGAAGCUGCUCCAAAAACCAAGAAACGAAGGCUUAAGAACUUCGACAAAGAAUUCAAGGACUUGGAAACAUUAGAUCUCGAAAUGGGCGAAAGAGAGAAACCUGUGUUAGAGGAGGUCGAUGAUCAAUACAGAGUUCAAAAACCAAAGAGAAAACCGUCCGUCCCCAAAGACGAACCGAAACCACUGAAAAUUGGAGUCGGUAAAGUGCCUAAACCUGAAGAAGAAGACCAACAAGUUAAAUUGAAAAAAGUUCCUGAAAAAAUAACAGAAGAGAAACUGGAACCUGAAAAGAAACCCAAGAAAGAGGUCAAGGAAGAAAAACCCAAGAAACCUGAGAAACCAGAGGAAGAAGAUGAUCGCAUCAAAUUCAAGCCGUACGAUAUUGAUCAUGAAAAACCGGAAAAAAUAGAAAGAGAGAAAUUCGAAUUGGAAGAACCAGAUAAAGAGAAACCUGAAAAGAAGAAAGUCAAGGUUCCUAAAGAAAAGAAAGCAAAACCAGAACCCGAAGUCGAUGAAAUUACAAUCAAGAAAGGUAUACCUAAACCUAAAACAGAGGAAGAAGAGCCGGAUGUUUCAUUCAAAGCUAAACAAAAACCAAAACCAGAGGAAGAACCGGAAGAAAUAAAAUUAAAACCUUUCAAGAAGCCUAAAGAGCCGGAAGAACCACAAAAGGUGGAGAAAGAAUUGCCUGCUAAACUCGACGCCGUUCCUUCUCAUGAUUUCGAAAAAGAUGACAUUGAGUUCAAGCCACCAGAAGAUAAAGAGAAACCGAGAAAGAAGAAAAAGAUCAUCAUCAAAAAACCAAAAACCAAAGGUAAGGUCGACGAAAAGGUAGAGGAACCUGAAAUUGAGGAACCUGAAGAAGAAGUUCCGGAAGAAGAGGAAGAACUCAUUCCUGAAGUUGAAGAAAAAACUCCUGAACAGGAAGAAAUACUUGAACCUGAAGUCGAAGAGGUACCCGAAGCCGAACCAGUUCCCGAAGAAAAACCAGCUGAAAAACCGGCUGAGCCUGAAAAACGCAAGAAAAUUAUCAAAAUCAAGAAACCGAAAGAAAAGCCUGACGAAGAGGAGAUUAAACCAGCUGAAGAACAAGUAGCUGAAAUGAAAGAAAAACCACAACGUCUGUUCAUUAUAAAGAAAUCUACGCAAAAAGCACAAUUUCUGCAGAUCAGUGAACCAGAAAAAGUUAACUUCGCUGAAAUUAAAUUAAAGAAAACUAAAGUUGAAAAGAAAGAAGUCGAAGGGACUAAAGUUCAGUUACCAAUGCUUAAGAGUCGCAUAAAACAUGAAACAUUCCCACCAUUAUCUGAAACAGAACAAAAACCAAUUAUCGCAGAUCUGGAACCGGUGUUCAGGGAGAACGGUGUUUUAUCAAGAAACAUAGAAGAAGCAGAAACAGUAAAGAGAAGGAAGAAGAAGAAGGUGGUCGUAGAAACAGAAAAACUAAAGCAAUUAGAUUUAGAAGUAGAAGAACUGAAACAGGCUGAACUCGAAAAAGUAGAUGAUGAGUUUAAAAAGAGACCUGAGGUGCGAAAGAAAGAGAAACCAGAACCUAUUGUAAUUGAACAAACAAAAGUUCCACCUGUACAGCACGUAAAGAUCAAAGAACCAGAAAGCAAGCCGAUCAAUCUAGCAGACAUCAAACUCAAACCACGAAAAGUUGUUCAAAAAGAGGUACCCAAAGAAAAGAUAAAGAAACCAAAACUGAAGAGUAGGAUUGAGCACGUUACUUUCCCACCAAUCGACGAAAUUUUACAGAAACCGAAAAUUACAAUACUUGAACCAGUCUACAGAGAUAAUGCCGUUAUAUCGAGGAAUGUUGAAGAAGCGAAGAAAGUUAAAAAGAAGAAACCUAUCAGAAUCAAGGAAAGCGAUAUUGAUUUAACACAUCUGGAAAAGCUGGAUUUAGAAAUGGAGGAAAUAAAAAAGAAAGAACUAGAAAAAGUAGACAGUCAAUACAAAUACGAAAGAAAACCAAAAGAAAAAGAGGAACCAGUUCCACAAGAAGAGGUUAAAAUCAAACUUGGUAAAGGCAAAAUACCAGAGCCACUUGGGCCGGACGAAACUGUAACACUGAAGAAAGUGCCACAAAAGCCAAAAGAAGAAGAAGUUGAAGUUGAAUUAAAGAAACCUAAGGUUACAGAGAAGGAAAAACCGAAACCAGAAAAAGAAGAAAAAGAAGAACCAAAAUUGGAACCGUUCAAACCGUACGAUAUUGAUCACGACAAACCUGAAAAGUUAAAAUAUGAGCCCACAGAAAUAGAAGAACCGAAAGAGGAAGAAAAGGAAAAGGAAAAACCAAAGAAACCUAAGGCAAAGAAAGAAAAACCAGAACCAGAGACGGUUGAAAUGAAAUUGGUUAAAGGUAAACCUAAACCUCAGGAAGAGGAAGAAGUACCAGAAAUAAAACUGACAUACAAACAGAAACCACCUCCAGAGGAAGUUCCUGAAGAAAUAAAACUAAAACCAAUUCCAAAAGAAAAGCCCGAAGAACCUGUCGAGGUAGUUAAAGUAAUUAAACCUGAAGACGGAGAGAUACCUAAAGAAAAGCCUGUGGAAAAAGACCAAGAAACUGUAACUCCAGGGAAAGAAAAGAAAGUCAAAAAGGUAAUUAUUAAAAGAAAGAAACCAAAAGAAGGACCUGAAGAAGAAGUGCCUGCUCCAGAGGAGCCUGCCGUUGAAGACGAAAAACCUGAAGAAAUAAUAGAACCAGAAGAAGAAAUACCUGCACCCAAAGAAGAAGUCCCUGAAGAAAAACCUGAAGAAAAACCCGAAGAAAAGCCUGAGGAGAAGCCAGAGCAAGUACCUGAAGAAAAACCAGACGAAAAAACGGACGUUACCAAAAUUAAAAAGAUCAAGAAAACUGUUAUAAAAGUCAAGAAACCAAAACCAGGAGAAGAAGAAGUUCCAGAGGAAGAACCUGUUAUCGAAGAACCAGAAGAAGAGCUACCGAAACCCGUAGUAGAGGAAAAGAAAGUAGAAGAAGAAAAACCCAAACCUAAAGAUGAACCUAAAGUGGAGGAACCGGCUCCCGUCGAAGUUAAAGCCAAACCUAAAGAGAAGGAAGAAGAACCAAAACCAGCUGAAGUCAAACCGAAGAGGCGUCCCGUGAUUAAAAAACCUGAACCUAAAAAGGCUAAGCUGCCAAGAUUAAAGAGUAGAAUCGUAUACGUAGAAUUUCCUCCCGCCAAUGAAGCGGAACAAAAACCAGUUAUUACGCAACUGGAGAAAGUUGUGAAAGAUCAAGGGCAAAUAUCGAGAAAUGUUAAGGAAGCUGAAAAAAUAAUCAAGACAAAACGAAGAAAACCUAAAGAUACCGACAAAUCCCUGCUAGACUUGGAACAACUUGACCUUGAAAUGGAAGAACUCAAAAAGAAAGAACUCGAAAAAGUGGAUGACGCAUUUAAGUUUGAAAAGAAACCAAAGAAACCAAAAGAAGAGGAAAUAGAAGUUAAGGAAUCUAUAAAGAUCGGCAAAGGAAAAGUUCCUGAAAAACCAGAAGACGAAGACGAAGCUAUUAAGCUAAGAAAAGUUCCAGACAAAGUGAAAGAAGAGGAAGCUCCUAAAGAAAAGACGCCCAAAGUGAAAGAAGAAGAAGAAAUAAAGAAAGUUAAAAAAGAACCUAAAGAAAAGAAAGAUAAAAUUGAAUUUACACCAACUGAUUACGAACGAGAAGAGCCAGAAAAGAUCGAAUUCGAAAAACCAGAAUUCGAAAAACCAGAAAAAGAGAUUCCUGAAGAAGAAAAGUCGAAGUACGAACGGCAGAAAAAAGAGAAACCCACGCCAGAAGAAAAAGAGCUUAAAAUUAUAAAGGGAGUUCCUAAAAAGAAAGAACCGGAAGAAGAAGAAGAUGUGAAGUUUAGGAUAAAACAAAAAGACAAACCAGAGGAAGAACCUGAACAAAUUACGUUGAAGCCUUUCAAGAAACCAGAAAAGGAAGAACCUGAAGCUGAAGUAGAAAUUAAAAAACAGGAACCACCCAAGAAAGCUGAAGAUAAGGAUGCUGAAAAAAUAACUAUUAAACGGAAAAAGAAGAAGGAACCUAAGGAGCCAGAAGAAGAAGCACCGGUUGAACUAACCAUAAAGAAGGAACCUGAGAAAGAAGAAGAAUUACCACCCACUGAAGAAGUAGUCAUAAUUAAAAAGAAACCAAAAGAACCAGAACCAACACCAGAGGAGCCAGAGGCAGAGAUCGUAAUAAAGAAACCUCCACCCAAACAAGAAGACGAAGCAGAAACAACGGUUCAACAAGUAAUCAUCAAAAAGAAAGUCAAGAAACCUGAGGAGCCUGUGGAAGAACCAGCCGCUGAAAUUACAAUUAAGAAAGAACCAGAACCCACGACAGAAGAAGUUACAACCGACCAGGUCACGAUUGUAAAGAAGAAGAAAAUUCCCAAGAAACCUGAGGUGCCUGUGGAAGAACCAGCCGCUGAAAUUACAAUUAAGAAAGAACCAGAACCCACGACAGAAGAAGUUACAACCGACCAGGUCACGAUUGUAAAGAAGAAGAAAAUUCCCAAGAAACCUGAGGUGCCUGUAGAAGAUGUAGCUGCUGAAAUAACAAUCAAGAAAGAACCGACACCAGAAGAAAAAACAGAAGAGGAAGAGGUCGCAGAAGUUGUCUUUAAGAAGAAACCAAAGAUACCUGAAGAACCUAAGGAAGAACCUGAGGCAGAAAUAACAAUUACAAAGAAACCAGAACCGGUCGUAGAAGAGGUCACAACCGAGCAAGAAAUAAAGAUUCCAAAGAAGAAAAAGAAAGAACCAAAACCAAAGGACGAAGUUGCUGCAGAAAUAACAAUCAAGAAAGCUCCUGAACCCGAAGAGAAACCUGAAGAACCAACAGUUGAAGAAGACAUCACCAUUAAAAAGAAACCUGCUCCUAAGAAGGAAGAGGACGAAGCUGAAGCUGAACUAACUGUUAAAAAACUCGAAGUUCAAGAACCGCCAGAGGACGUCGUUCAGGAAUUCACUAUAAAGAAGAAAGCACCUCCACCACGUGUACCAUCCGUUGAAGAGCACGACGAACAAGAAGUAACCAUUAAGAAAUUAAAGAAAGUUAGAAAACCUUCCAGAACAGACAUUCCGGAAUACACUGAAGUAGAAAACGUCACAUUCCGACCGAAAACAACAAAACGAUUAGAAGAUGUGGAACAAGAAUUCAAGAUUUCACUUGAUUCAUAUGCAGAAGAAGAAAUAUCGAUGUCAGGAAAGGUCAAGCUGAAAAAGCCCAAGCCUCUGACUUACAAUGAAGAAAGUGUAGGUGAAUCAAUUAAAAUUACGCAAGAAAUCGAAGCAGAAGAGGGACAAAUUGAAGAAAUCAUUGAUGAAGGAAGUGACGCUGAAGAACUACCAUACGACGAUGACGAAUCUGAAAGUUACAAUGUUCCUCUACGUAGACCUUCUAGGAAAUAUUCUAUACUUGAAGAAGGAGAGGAAGAGGUGCAACUUGGCUUAAAGAAAGAAAUUCCCUUUGGUUUUGAUGAGGAAUCUAUAACCUUGAAACGGAAGCAGAAGAGGAAACCAUCAUUCGAUCAAGAAGCGGUAAGUUUAAGUAUUACAAAAGAAUCAGAAACCAUCGACGAAGCACCAGAAAUUCAAGAAAUUAUUCAAGAAGGUGACGUCUACUUUUCCGUUCAUUCUUACGUAGCGGAAGCAGAACAAGCCAUCGAUCUUGUUGAAGGUGAAAGAGUUUACGUUAUAGAAACUCCAAACGCCGACUGGUGGCUCGUUAAGAAACAUUUAACAGAGGAGAAAGGUUGGGUACCUGCACAAAUCCUCAUGGACGAACCAAACUACACCAUGUACGUCCAAAAGAAACUCAACGAAAAGAUCGACAAACUUCCAGUCUUUGAAAAGCCCAAACCCGAAGAAAAAUCUGUAGCUCCACGAUUCAUAGAAAAACUCCAACCCGUAAUCACUCCCGACGGCUACACCGUCCAGUUUGAAUGCCAAGUCGAAGGUUUCCCACGACCUCAAAUCACAUGGUUCCGUCAAACCGCAGUGAUCAAAACAUCGAUUGACUUCCAAAUGUUCUACGACGAAGACAACGUAGCGACUUUGAUCAUUAAAGAAGUGUUCCCUGAAGAUGCAGGAACCUUCACUUGUGUCGCCAAGAACGCAGCUGGUUUUGCUUCAAGUACCACGGAACUAAUCGUAGAACUACCACUAUCAGAUCAUGGUUCCGACAUCACCGGCUUAUCGAGAAAGAGCAUGUCACGUGAAUCAUCUCUCGCAGACAUUCUGGAAGGCAUCCCUCCUACAUUCUCCCGUAAACCCAAACCCCAAUACGUUCCAGAAAAAUCUGAUGUAGUUGUCGACUGCCGAUUGGUCGCUGUACCAGAACCUGAAAUAAUUUGGUUCCGUAACGGCAGAAAGAUCACCACGAAGAAUAACGUCACUAUCAUCAUCAAUUCUGACAUGCACAGUUAUACCACUAUUCUUAAAAUUAAAGAAGUUGAAAAGAACCAAGAAGGCGAAUAUGAGAUCGUAGCAAGGAACAGAGAAGGUGAAUCCACUGUGCAAUUCACCCUUAAAGUAAAGACCGGUGAUAAGGAAGCACCACAAAUUUUGGAACCCUUGAAAUCGAUUACUGUUAGGAAAACUGAAACUGUGAUACUUAGCACUACCAUUGCUGGCAAUCCUGCACCCACGAUUAGUUGGUUCAAGAACGGGAAACCUGUUAAGAAACCCACACCUAAGAAAGACGGCGACACCUAUUCCAUCACCAUUGUUAACACGACUAUGGAAGACACAGCUGAAUAUACUGUGAAAGCUAAAAACUCAGUUGGUACCGCUGAAACAACAGCUCAACUCACUGUUGAGGAAUUCCCAGACAACGCAGAACCGCCACUCUUCGUCGAACGAUUCGAGGAACAAACUGUACCUGAACACGACACCAUCAAGCUACUCGCCCGUGUUGUCGGCAACCCAGUCCCAGAAGUCUAUUGGUUACGCGACAACAAACCUCUGAAGCCAUCAGAAAGAGUGAAGAUCUCGUACGAUGGCGAAAAUAUUGAACUCACUAUCAAGAAAGCAGACGCUGACACAGACACCGGUGAUUACAAAUGUAUCGCGAGUAACCCAGCUGGUAAAGCUUCACAUGGUGCUAAAAUCACGGUAGACGUUGAUGUUACCUUCACGAAGAAACUCAAGAAGACUUACGAGUGCAAAGAAACUGAGAAGAUCGAGUUCGAAUGUGAAACUUCUCACAAGACGACUGAAACCAAGUGGUUCCACAAUGACGUCGAAAUCAGUGGAAUGGAUCACAGAGUGGUGAUUCAAAACGGCAGAAUACACAAACUCGUAAUCAAGAAGACCACCACGAGAGACGAAGGUCACUACAGAUGUACCGUCAAGAAAGAAAAGACUGAGACUACGCUUAAGGUUAUUGAAACUAAACCGAAAUUCAUACGAGAACUGCAAGAUAUAGAAAUUCCCGAAAAGGAGGUCGCAGUUUUGGAAGUUGAGGUGUCUUCGGAUGCGGCUGACGUAACGUGGUUUAAGGAUGGAACCGUUAUUAAAGAAACUGACACUAAAUAUGUCAUCGAGAAGGAGAGAGGAGUGCGGAAGUUGUUGAUUAGAAGCACUUCCAUCCACGAUGAGGGUGAAUACAGUUGUACCCUGCUCGAUCAAGAAAGUAAAGCGGAAGUAACCGUCAUAGAACUGCCACCAGAGAUCAUUACCCCUCUGCAAGACAGAACUGUAAUCAGGGGCGAAAAAUCCGUCUUCGAAAUCGAGUUAAGUAAAGGAGAUGCUUUAGUACGAUGGUUCAAAGAUGGUACCGAAAUUCAGUUCUCAGAACACAUUCAGUUAUCUAUUGAUGGUAAACGCCAGAAACUGAAGAUCUAUAAAUCGGAACCUGAAGAUGAAGGUGUCUACAGUUGUGAAGUCGGUACCCAGAAAAGCAGUGCACGCUUGACCGUCCAAGUACCAACUGUGACUUUCUUGAAGACUCUUCCAGAAUACACCAUAGUUCCUAUUAAAUCCAACGCCGAGUUUGAAGUGGAACUCUCAAGAGAAGACGCAGAAGUCCAAUGGCUGAAACAAGGCAAGAAGAUCAAAAAAUCUUCCAAAUACACCUUCACCUCGGAGAAGACGUUCAGAAAACUCGUCGUUCACGAAGUUACUGAAGAAGAUCUGUUCGAGUACACCUGCACGGUUGAAACUCUCAAAACAUCGUCCAAACUCAAAAUUGGAGAUAAACCGUCUCCUCCGAGAGGACCUUUGGAGGUUUCUGGCAUGUCUGCCACUUCGUUCACUUUGAACUGGUCACCUUCAGAAAGCGACGGUGGUUCCCCCAUCAUCGAAUACAUCGUUGAAAUGAAAGAAGCCACCUCGAAGAAGGCCUUCAAGAAGGUCGGUGCUACCAAAGGUGAUAUCACUAACAUUCCAGUCAGUAACUUAGAAAAGGAUCACGGUUACAAAUUCCGAAUAACUGCUAGAAACUCCAUCGGUGUAAGCGACCCUUACUUACCCGAAGAUAUCAUAGUCGCAGGUUCCAGAAUCACUCCACCAUCGCCUCCAGUCAAUCUCACUGUGACCGACAUCCAGAGUCGCAGUGCAACCCUCACAUGGGAACCUCCUCUAAACAACGGAGGAACCGAAAUCACAGGUUAUGUGGUAGAAAAGCGACUAGAAUACGUCGCCAAAUGGGAGAAAGUGUACACUUUAGAAGCAAACUGCCUCACAUACACAUUCGAGAACCUCAAAGAGAAGAGCGAGUACCUCUUCAGAGUAUUCGCUGAGAAUUCCAUCGGUUUGAGCGUACCAGCAGCUACUGAGGUCGUGAAACUCAGAAGUCAUGCCACGGUACCAUCACCUCCCACGCCCCCACUGGAAAUCCGCACCAUCGGUCCCAACGCCAUCGUUAUCGAAUGGGGUGUCCCAGAAUGGGACGGCGGUUCUCCUCUUCUUGGUUACAAUGUGGCCAUUAGAGACACCAAGAAGACCAUGUGGAUGGAAAUUGGGCGCGUCAACAAGGGAGUGCAGAAAUUCACGAUUCGAGACCUCCAAGAAGACCACGAGUACAUGAUUAGGAUUUUCGCGAAGAAUGAGAUAGGUUUGAGUGAACCUUUGGAGUCGGAUGAGCCCUUCAAGGUCCUUCCUUCGGGAGAUGCCGACCAAGACGACUUCAGAGAGGCCACCGACAAAGAACCUACUUCGUACAGUACAGAAACGACGACAUCUUGGCUGAGAGAAAACAGUAUGGACGCUGACAUCAGUUCUUACGCUAAAGGUCAGCUCUUACGCAAGGAUGAAUAUUUCUUCCGGAUUUGGUGUCACGCCAAAAAACUAUUUAAGUAAACUGUAAUAUAUUUGAAGUUACUUUUUAGAUGUAUAUAAUUUCGUUACGAUUAGUUAUUGUUUGUUACCAGACCUUUUAUAAUGAUUUUGACUAUAACUGACUUAGGAAUGAGAGCUUAUCAUUAAAGUGUACUUAAAUAAAUUUUGCAAAUUGCGAGGCAAACUAAUCGACUUUAAUGUAAGCUCUGUUUGUUUUACUUGGAUACUGUGAUACUGAUGAUGAUUUUACUCAAAUGAAACGAAAAACGAAUUAAAAAUGAAUGAGUUGUUGCUUAAAUUUGCUAACAAGUUUUUCAACUGUAUACGAAACACUUUUGAUUUUUGUUUGAUUUUUAUUUUUGUUGUAUAAGCUUGAACGACGAAUGCAGUGCCUUAUUAAUGAUUAUUUAUUAUCUACAGUACUUGUUUAUGUAAACCAAAACUGAUAUUAAAUAUACUUGCCAAUUUUCGCAGAGAGAAAAUAUAGGUGCAUUUUAAGAUCGAUUACAGAAAAUUGGGGAUUAUAUUCAAUAUUCUCUUGUACUUAAUUACCGUUAUUUAUUAAAGAAUAAAAAAUA